AUGAAUUUUGCACUCCAAGACCUGUUGGCUUGCUGCCGCCAUCUUGAAAGUGACAAGGCCACAGACCGAAAGGUAAUAAUAAACCACCAUUCCUGCACUUCUAAUAUGCAACAGUACAAUAACAUGAUAGUGUUAUUCUUUAUUCUGGAUUACUUUUUUAGAAGGAAAUUGAGAAGUUCAAGCGUCUCAUCAGGGAUUCUGAAACAAUUCAACAGCUGGAUCGAAAUUCUGAUUCCAAAAAUGGCAAACAGAUGAACUGGGAUACUGUAUUCAGGUACAAUAUUUUGAUGUGUGUUAAACUUUGUUGAAUAUCAAGCGUUCGACAAACAUCUCAGUAAUUCUUACAAAAACACAGCAAAGUCUGUACUUGCCCCCAGAUUGUAAAUUUGGGAUAGGGGUUCCAGGUAAGGCCAUCUAGGUAAGAGCUAAGGCCAUCUAGGGAGUCUGUUGUCUUUUCGGCACCAGGAGAAAACCUUUCGAGGAGCGUCUCCACCCCCAUUGUUCAGCCUGAGGUCCAGCUCUGAGCACCUAUUGGCGGUUCCAUCACAUGUGAGAAGCAAGGUUACAGGGAAAGAGGCAGAGGGCCUUCUCGGUAGUGGCGCCUGCCCUGUGGAACGCCCUCCCAUCAGAUGUCAAGGAAAUAAACAACUAUCUGCCUUUUAGAAGACAUCUGAAGGCAGCCCUUUUUAGGGAAGUUUUUAAUGUUUGAUGUUUUAUUUUUUAUAUUUUGUUGGAUGCUGCCCAGAGUGGCUGGGGAAACAGCCAGAUGGGCAGGGUAUUAUUAUUAUUAUAUUAUUUUCCGUUUCUUUUAGAUCUCUUUUUUAUCUCACAUUUUAUCUGAUUGCUGUUUUGCUAUAACUGUGAUUAAUUAUUACUUCAUUUUGUGUUAGAAAUCACUCUAGAAAUUUAAGUUGAAAAGGAGGACAUCAAAUAUCUGAAACAGUUCAGGAACCCAUGAAUUGAACAUAGGACUUCUGGUUCACCUAUCAGUCUCUUUACUGCUAUGCUACAUUAUUUGUUGUGGUUUGAUUACUAGAAAGGAAGCAAUAUAUCAUUAUUUUAGCCAAUCAAGUGAAUGUUCAGAGGUUGCUUGGCCACCCUCUGUAUCAGUUCAUCCAGCUAUUGUACCUCUUCCUUAUGGCUAUUAUAUAUCUCAUCAGCACACCCAGUGUUUAUUUUUUCCUUUCCCUCCUGCUUGUCAGAGUAGUGAGCACAGCAGCCGCAGGGUUGUGCUGUGCUUUUCCAGCCUGAGAAAUGUUGUGACUGUGAUCAUGUGUAGUUUGCCCUGAUUGUCCAGAGACAGCCUGUAUUUUCUCAAGGUAAGCAAGUCACACAUUGCAUAGCAUAUGUUUUUUAAUAUCCCUGUGGAGCAGAAGGAUCUAGUAGAAUAUCAUAGAAGAGCUUGCACUGAAACUUCACUAUUUAAAAGAAUAAAUUGUUGUUGCUGCUGAGCAUUUUUUUUAUUUUAAUUAGAUUAUGUGCCUAUAAAUAGUGUUUAUUUUUUGCCUUUUAAGUUUUCUUCAGAAGUACAUUAAGAAGGAAACUGAAAGUGCAAGAUUAGCAAAACCAAAUGUGUCUGCAUCAACCCAAGCAACACGACAUAAAAAGAUGCAAGAGAUCAGCUCUUUGGUCAAAUAUUUCAUCAGAUGUGCCAAUAAAAGUGAGUGACUCAGUACAGACAUAAUUAAGAUAUAUUUUCGAAAAAAAUUCCUACAGUUCAUUUCAUUAACUCUACCAUGUAUCAGGUAACUUGUUUUCUAAUAAAUGCUACAAUUUUUGGUUGUAUUUCAACAGAUUUUCCCUGAAUUUGACCUGGUUUGAGAUCACUCAUAAAAGUUAAAAACUCACAUUUAUAUUCUGCUUUUGCACAGGAGCACCCAGGUUAAAAUGCCAAGAGCUUCUGAUUUUUGUCAUGGACACAGUAAAUGAUCCAUCAAGUUGUGCCAUUUAUGGAACUGAUUGUAGCAGCAUAUUGUUAAAGGAUAUUCUUACAGUGAGGACAUAUUGGUGUGCUAUCCCUUCACAACAGUGGUCAGGUUUGUAGAUAUUAUUCCUAUGCUUGAAAUCCCAUGAACUGCUUGGAAGUGACGUCAAGAGACAUUUUAUAUAGCAGAACUUAUUUUCUUUGAAGAUGUGUGCUAUAUAGCUCCAAUAACACUGGGCAACAAUUUUUUACUUUUUGAAUGUUGUCUAGAUUUCUACAACUGAUUUAGGGUAUUUUUGCACUGCUGAAUCAGGAAAUGGCAUCCGUUUCUCUCCAUCAGGUCAGGUUUUUGUGCUAUGUUGAUUUGAAAAAAAUCAGAUCUUCUGACAAAAUCGAUUACAUUUUUGUGGCAUUAUCAGCUGAUUUUUGACAACACAUAUCAUCCUAAAUAUGUUUUUAAGAGAAAAAAAUGUUUCUCCAACAAUAUAUAUUGAUUUCCUGAUAGAAACAUCGAUUACUGUAAACUGAAUGGUGGGCAUUGAUAAAGGUAAGUACACGUAAACUGCAUGUUGCUUCACCAUUUUUCAAACUUCAGGGCUUGAACUUCCAUUUCUUGGAACUCCUGGAAUGCUCAGCGGCAGGGAGGUCUCUCUUCAGAGUCCAACAGUAGUCAGCCAUCAUGACUGUGUCCCAGCGACCCUAAUACCUGGUCUCCAUCUCUUUCAUGCCCUGAUGGAAUCUCUCCCCCUGCUCGUCACUCAUUGAACCCAGGUUCUCAGGAAACCGAUCCAUAUGUGAAAAUAGGUAGUGCAUCUUGAUGCUCAUGUUGCAGCUCAGGUUUCUGAAAGCAGUCAGCAUGUUGUUGACAAGUUCUGCGUAGUUUCUGGCCUUAUUGUUGCCAAGAAAGUUCUUCACUACCAGAACAAAUGCCUUCCACGCUUCCAGUUCCACUUCGUUCAUUGAGUUUCCGAACUCUGGAUCUCUGAUGAGCUGACGGAUCUGAGGUCCGUCAAAGAUGCCAGCUUUCAACUUCUCCAUGGUCAAUCCUGGAAAAGCCUGGCACAAGUAAGUGAAGCAGUCACUAUCCUUGUCCAGAGCCUUGGUGAACUGCUUGAUUAAGCCAAGCUUGAUGUGCAGCGGUGGGAAGAGUAUUCUGUCUCUGUCUACCAGAGGGUCGUUGAUGACGUUCCUUUUUCUGCAAGGCACCAAUUCCUCCCGCACAGGCCAGUCCUUCUUCGUGUAAUGCUGAGCACGGUCCCUACUAUCCCACAUGCACAGAAAACAUGGGUACUUGGUGAAGCCAGACUGUUGUCCCAACAAAAAGUUCACCAUCUUCAGGUCAACACAAAUAAACCACUUAUGCUGAUCAUAACCAAUUUUCUCCAGCACAUACUUCACCCCUUCAUAGUUCUCCUUCAGUGUACUUGAGUGAGCCAGGGGUUUUGAUCCCCCAACUUUAUGCUUUGCCGCACCAAUUUAUGGAAGUUUUCGAGGUUUUAUGACUUCAAACUGAUCCCUUUUCGACAUAAUCACCCAGAACUAUCGGACCUGAAUACUUCUUGUCAUUAAAAUAAUGAUUUCCAAUCAAAACAAUUAUUCGACAUGGCAUUUUACCCCCACCAACUUCUUCUAAAAUGCUCCACACAAGCGUACAUGUGAACAAAAACGUAAAAAAAUGACAUGUGGCUAUAGCUCAAAAACUUGACCUGAUUGAGCAAAACCAAUGUGAUUUUUGGAUUCAGCACAUCAGAUUUGUCCUAAAUCAGCUGAAAAAACACAGACAACAAAUUUGUUGUUGACCAGUGUAAUCGAAGUUCCCAUAAUGAACCAUAGAAUAACUUACGUUUUUCUAUUCUUGGUUUUUCUUCCUCUGUCAUUGAAUAUCAGAUUUUGGCUUUUCUAAUAUCCUUGCUUUGCUUGAUUUAUUAUUUAAUAUUGACCUCAUUAAUUUUAUAGGGAUUUUCGCAAAUUACAUACUCAUAUUGAAAUUACAAACCAAACAAUUUCAUCAUGUCAACAAUAUUUUAUUGUUGAUCUGGGUAAUCAUGAGGCCAGUUUGUACAAAGGUAUGCUUGUGCAGAGUUCCCUUCUUAGUUUAAAAAGAAUAAGGAAGCUCUUUUGUGGGGGGCUGCAUGAGUAUAGAAUACCCUGCUUCCCACAGUUUCUAUCUGUAUUGACAUUUAUGUGCCUGAAUUGCAUUGUUGAUUAUUCACUGUCUAUAACCACUUUUCAUGAAACGUGGCUGUAGUUGGACUUCAUUUUCUGAAUUCACUGUAUUUAACUAAAUUGCUUACAUGGAUGCAGCCCUCUCUUGAAUUUUUCUGCAGUGGCAAUUGAGAGUAGCUCAGACACAUUGAAAAUACAAUUGCUUCAUACAUAUUGAUAUUUCCUGCCAGAAACAUGUAAAAGCAUGGACAUCAUUUAUUUAUUUACUUAUUUCAUAAAAUGUAUACAGUGGUACCUCCAGUUACGAACGGGAUCCGUUCCGGAGGCCCAGCUGUAUCCCGAAAAUUCCGUAACUGGAGGACCACUUCUGCGCGCACGCGCGGUGCCACAGAGUGUUUCUGUGCAGGGCAAACCCACUUCCAGGUUUGCCGCGGCCGUAACCUGAAGAUUCCAUAACCUGGAGGUUAUGCAAUUUGAGGUAUGACUGUACACGGCUUGAUUGUGAAAAACCUCAAAGUGGUUUACAAAAGUAAAGCGGUUUACAACAGUAGAACCAUACACACAUCUUUAAAAACCUAUGUACCUGGGAAAGCUGGCCUAACGGGCUUUGCUCUGUGGCAAAACCAUGCUCAUUGUGGCUUCCAGAGUUUACAUAUCUGCUGAAGAAAAUACCUGCAUGUAUGCUGUAUUUGUGUUUGCUGCAUAAAGUCGAGACAAAGUGGAAGAGAUGGUACUCUCAGCUAAAAUGUCCUCCUACAUAUACCUGCAAAUUUGUUACUAGCCUUCUAGGGACUAGUAGAGGAGGGGUUAAGAACUCCACUCUCUUGCAGCAACAUGCUGUAUUUCUAUACUGAGUGCUUCCAUUGUCUGGUCGCCUGCCCAAUUCUGUACUGAGCACAGAAGAUAGCUGGUGCUCCAUCCUUUCUCCACCAGGCAGCUCACUUGCCUGCAUACAAUUCCUUGUUGGAUGUGAUAGCAGGCAAGUUUUUAAAUACAGUCAAGUUUUUAAAUACAGUCAAAUCUCAGGAAACCCGGAAAUAAAUGCUCCAAUUUUCAAAUGUUUUUUGGAACCUGAGCGUCUGACGCUGCUUCCGUUUUGAGUUUCCCUAUUGAAUUGAGGCUUCCACUUUCAGUUUUUGGUUUUCGAAUGUUUCAGAAGUCAAACGGUCUUCCGGAAUGGAUUACGUUUGAAAACUGAGGUUCCACUGUACAAGGCUGGGAUAAUGAGAGACACCUUUUUCAAGUGUGUGACAUCUUAACAUAAAUGAACCCACCGGGGAGCUUCCUGUUUAGCAUUGCAACUAGUCUUAACAUAGGAAUGAUCAAUGGAAAGGACUGGAAAUAUUUAGUAAACACGUGUUUUUGUGACUUAGUUAAGUAAUAUGAAUUUGAUUUACUUCUCUAGAUCUUCAAAACCUGUACUUCAAAUUGUUUCUCAAACCUUGUAGAGAUAUUAACAAAGUAUUGGUGGCUAGAAUAAUUUAUACAUUGACCAGAGGACUGUGCCUCCAAACUGAUGGGUUAAAUUCUACUAUUUUAAGCUUCUUCUCUAAAGCUAUGCAGCUUGCAAGGUAAAUGUCCUUUUCUUUUGGUGAAUCAAUUUUGAGUUUAACAUGGUUACUCUUCUAAACUUAAACCUCCACUAUUCUAAUGUAUUCUAAGUUCACUUGCUUUUCAGUCUCAUUGAACUAAUCUAAAUCUUUUCUACAUCUUGCUUUCAAAUCUUUGAAUUACUUUCAAGUACGGUAUUUGGAGCCAAUUUUAAAAUUAAAGCAUUGCACUUUCCUUGCUUCAAAAACAUUUGUCAUUUCUUGGGAAAAGCAGCACAAGAGCAGAAAUGAUAUCUUUCUUCCAAAAUCUGUAUUUUUUUAGUUUUGAGAACUCCUUAUAAUAAAAAGGUUUAGAAAAAAACUUCUCUGUGAGCCAGCUGCCACCAUAUUUUCCAAUCUUGUAUAAUCCUUUCUGCAAGGCUUGGCUGCAGCAGAAAUUAUUGCUCUUCUGGUCAGCUCAAUAUGGUCAACUUUCUAGGUUCUUCCUUAUGUAUGACAAUAGUUACCUUUAUCACUGCCAUGUGUUACCAAAAACUGUCAACCUAUCAGUUACAGGGUCCCAUAACUGUCCUCUCUUCCAAAGCCUUUCUGGUACAGUUUUCUUCUCUCUCUCACUGGAACUGAACUACAUUUUUUCUCCUCCUGAUGGUUUGCGUACCUUGAGUACUUUGGAGAAAAGGCAGAAUUAAAAUAAAAUAGCAUAGCAUAGCAUAGCUUGGGUCUCUAUACCCAGUAGAGGUUAGUAUUUGCAUGCUCAUUAAAUUAGUUACUAUAACAAAACAUGACUUUUUUCUGUUGCAGGCAAGAAAGAAACCUCGCAGGCCUCGAUCAUAUUUUUGCAGCCAUUAAUGUAUAUUUGAGUGUAUUUGCAGUCAACUACCGUAUGCGGGUUUGUCAGCUAGGAGAGGAAAUUCUGCCAACUGUGCUCUAUAUAUGGGAUCAGUAUAAGCCGAAAGAUUUCCUGAAGGAGCAGAUCAUUCAGUUUAUUCAGCUGCAGGUUCGUGUUCAUCACCCAAAUGGAGCGAAAGCCAAAGAAAAAGGUAUGCAUAAGUUACUUCAUGCCCAAUUGUGAAGAGAUAUUACAGGAACAGUUUGCACUGUUGGAGGGUGCCUAAACUUCUGCAUUCUUGUGUGGAAAGUAUUCAGAUAUUUUUAAAUUGGCUAGUAUACUAUCAUUGUUUUUCAUAGUGUCUAUUCAAAUACUUGUUUGAUUUAACUGUUACUUUUUUGCAUUGUUAUAUUAGGUAUUCUUAAUAGCUGGUGAACUUUUAAAAUAUUUGAACAGAUUGUUUGGGGGUUGGUUCACAUAUUAUAAGUUACGCAGAGCUAAAUUUGUCCUGUUCUUGUGCAAACAGGAGUAUGCGACCCGACAAAAUGGCAAAGAAUUGUAUACAACCUGUAUGAACUAUUAGUGAACGAGAUAAACCUCAUAGGCAGCAGAGGAAAGUAUUCUGCAGGGUCGCGCAGUAUUGCUGUGAAGGAAAGCCUGGUUGAGUUAAUGGCUGACAUUUGUCAUCAGGUAAAUUGUUUUGCUUUCAGAAACUGUUUCUUGUAAAAAGGAGUAAAUCCUUUCCUAUUAGAGUACGGUGCUUGAGCACGGAGACACUCCAGUAUGACCUAAAAGUACCAUGUUUUUCCCCUACUUCCCAGUGCACAUGCACAGAUGUGUACUUGGGUACCACAGUGACAAUCUAAGAUGGGCUUGGGAGGCUUGGGUGCAGUUACUGUAUCCCCAUCUAGAGGGCCUUUUCUGUUUGGUCCACCAUUUUGAGCUGGGAGCUACAGUGCUUUGGCCUUACAACAUUCUUUCUUAAUGCAUAUUUUGAUGUAAAAUGUUAUGUUAUAGUAUGCACUUACUGUUUGCAAAGGUCUUUACUGAAGAUACCAAAGUCCUGGAGAUAACUCAGCCGUAUGCUGCUACACAGAGAGAAUGUGGAGAUGUACCAUCCAAACGUAGGAGAAUUGAAUCAGGUUGGGAGGUGGUGUGGAGCAACCUGCAAAGUUCACAGAAUGACUUUUAUGUCAUACCCUGGUAAAAACAAACAAACAUUCAUUCUUGUCCGUCCCCCGUCCCCUCAAUUUUCCAAGUUCCAUUUUUUCUCAGAUCUCUCUGGUUUUUCUACCCUCAAGGCUGCAGAUUACGACCAGAUUGAUAUCGAAGUACCCUGUGAGCUUUCCUCACUGUGAACGUCCUCAUUUGCUUAGUAUACUUUACCAGCUGCUGUCUCAACAGCGUCGAAGAGAACGGAUGCCUUAUGUGUUACGUUGUCUUAAAGAGGUUGCAUGGUGUCAAAGCCAACAGGUAGAUCUGAAACCUGUGCAGAACUCAGAACUGCAGCGAAUCUGGUCAAAAGUUUGGUCUCUGGUCAUUCGUAGCCUAAGUCUUCAGCAAACUGAAGUGGAAUGCUUUGGAUUACUUCAAGUCAUGAUUCAAGGAAGCUUAAUAGCAAUGGAUAGAGAAAUUUGGAAGAUAUUUUCACUAUCUGCAUGCAAACCUUCAAGGUAACGUGGAUCCUUUCGUAAGCACCAACUGUUUCUGCUGCAUUAGUAAGAUUAGUAGGAUUGCUCCUUAAAACAUUUCCGACACUUCCCCCUCCACAGACUAGUGGGACUUUAUGAAGCAAAGUGAGAUGCAUAGGCAGGUUGCUGUGGUAGCUUGGACUUGCCACAACAACUUGGAACCAGUGCCAUCACUUGAUGGCAAACAUGUUGACUCAACCCUUCCCAUUCCCACCCUUUGAAUUGACAGAAUGGGGAACUCCACAACGAUGUAGUGAUGCCUAGCAUCACUACACAGAUGGUGGCCAGCAGAAGGAUAACUGCCCUAAUCAACACUCUUCCCUGCAAGGCAGACAAAGGGGGUUUCAAGUGCUCUGUCCUAUACUACAACUUGUACAAAUCCAAUUAAUAUCCAGAAUUGUAUUUGUCAAACUUUUGCUGUGCUUUCACUGUUUUUCUAUUUAAUUUUUGUAACUAAUAUAAGAACGCUCUUAUCUAUUACAAAUUCUAUUUGGGGUGUUUUAUAAUAGAUUAGCUAAUAUAUUUUUGAAUGAAAACUUAUAUACUUUACCUAGGAAUAAGCUCCUUUAACUUCAUGUGACUUACUUUAAAGUACACAUGUAUGGGAUAGAACUGUUAACCUACACAGAGGGGGGCGGGGGAGAUGUCAGUUAAAAGUCUGAAGAUUUUUUGGUGAAGGGGCAUAUGUGACUCAGCCACAAGACUUGUCAUAUUUAAAACAGAUUUAGAUCAGAACAAACCAAUUACAGUCUCACCUCCCUGCAAAAAGGCACUAUUAUUUUUGUAAAUUUAAAAUGCAGGUCUACACUGGAGCUGUAAAUUCAGGUGGUAAUCUUGUGCAAAUAAUGUCUUGUAGUUCUGCAGCAAAGUGCUUGGCAUUAGCGAUGACAUCUUUGGAAGUGCCAGAGACUUCGAAAACUGAGGCAGUACAGAAUGACUGGGAAGGAAGUGCGGCUUCUACAGUAAAAGAAACCAUUAUGAAGUGGCUUCUGUUCUGCCACUUUGAGGAGGAAAUGGAACACAGGACAGAGCCACCACCCAUCCUACGCAGGUAACAGCCUGAGAAAUAGUGGCUUAAAACAGAAUUAGUCUUACAUCAAAGGAAAAUAAAACUUUAAUAUUGUUAGGUUUUAUUUGACCAGCUUGGUUUCAGAAGUAGAUAACACAUUGUAUUUGUCUGAACCCUCAGAAUGGAUUUGAUUACCAAUUAAAUACAACUGGCAGUAGAAUAUGUUGUUAGAGAGUUAAACAAGAGUUAAACAUUUUCAUUUCUUUUAAUAUUAAUUUAGAUUUAUUUGUUCCAGUAUAUCAGAUAUGUAUUUUUUCUGUAUCCUUUAUUGCACCUGUUCAAAAUUCUGUAUUCAAAAAAUUAAUCAAGUUUCCAUUUGAGGUCUCAUAGAGAUAAACAGAUAUGCUGUAUUGGGGAGUGUCAAGUCUAAAACUUGCUUUUGAUUCUUUACAGUGACUUUCCCAAAUUAGAGUUGCAAAAAAUCCUUGUAAGUCUGACUAUGAAAAAUAGUAGAGCAGCAAUGGACUUUUUUCACAAUGCUUCAGAAUGGUAUGUUUUAAAGAUCAACAUAAGUAUUUCUAUCACUUGGAGAUAUUAUCUUUAAGAGUUGGUUGCAUUUUUAAAAAUUACUCUGUUUUAUGGGCAGAAUUUACAAAUCUGUUUCAUGGACCCCAUACCAGGGUGAAGAACCUUUCUCAGCCCAAAGUCUUCAUUCCAUCUCUCUCUCUCUCUCUCUCUCUCUCUCUCUCUCUCUGUGUGUGUGUGUGUGUGUGUGUCUAAGUGUGUGUGUGUAACAAAAAUCUAAGCAGUUUCCAGAAAAAAAAUUAUUAAGUGGGGCAAUGACAUUCAAUAGAAACUACUUAAAAAUUAGAUGAAAGCAAAAUAAAACUCAGUGUCACAAAUGAGGCUGAGCAAAAGACAACUAAAAAUUAAAAAGGGUUCAGGCAAGCUUGGGUAAACAUGGUUUUUAAGAGGUCAUUAUUAUACUGUCUUCCAGAGCAAUUGAUGUGGCUCUUACUGUAGUACAUUAGGGUACAAUUUCCCUUUGGUUAGCAGGGUUGGUAGGUUGGGUUUUGGCUCAAUCAACUGGUCAAAGGCAGGAAAAAACACUUGGGAAGUAGGUUGCUCCCAAAAUCCAGUUUGUUUCCUGCUUUCGUUAAAUACAGUCAUGAUAGCUUAAGCUUCCUGAAGACUGCAUGUGGCUCCUGGGCUGAUAUUCCCCAAUGCUGCCUUAUACAGUUAAAGACCAUCUGUCUGUGAAGUAGGUUUCUAUAUGUGGAUUGCCCUCACUGCACAUGUAAUAGACAGCUAUAAAUGGCAGGAGGAAUUCUUAGCACUCUCCUCAGAAACUUGUGCAUGUAUUGUUUCUCUUCAAAGAGGUACAGUUUUUGCAUAAGGCUGUGUAGUUGCUGCUGGGUUUAUGGUGCCUUAUCUUCCUGCUCUUCAAGAGAUGAACAGAGCUGGUUGUACAUUCAGUGGGAAAGGGGAGACUGUUCAUAAUUCAUUAGACGGGGUACAGAUGUUCAUUAUAUGAAGACAGGCCUUUAUAUCAUCUAUUAUAAUAUUUUGGAAAUAAAAUACAAUUAAAGUUUUAAUUAUUCUGUGUUUGGUUUUAAAGGCUUCAAAUACUGUCAUGAAAUAUCAGUGAUAGAUAAUAUUUGUCAUCUUUUUUUUUUUUUAAAGUACACAACAUGCACAAGACACAGAAGAAGCCAGCCGUUCAGAAAUUGAAACAUUCUACAUGCAAACAACUUUCGAUGAAAUAGGCAUUUUUAGAAAUGUGGCUAAUGAUACAUGUGAAAGCAAAUUGCUCAGUUCCAGAUUAACAGUCAGUCAAAAACACAGAGAAGCCUUAGAACAGAACUUGUUGGAGAUAUCAGAACAACUUCUGAGUAACUUUAUGCCUGAGGUAAGUUGGAAAAGAAAGGUCUCUCAAAGUCCAUCCUUCUGAAGAAUAUUUGUGAGCAGCUUUUGAUAGAUGUCAAAUAAUAAAAUAGAUAAAUGGUCGCUUGCCAUGGUAGCUGGUGCCCAUUGGGAAUGGUAGGAAAGAAGGCAGGGAGACCCAAUAUUAUGGAGAGUCAGAUCCAAGGACAGGCAAAGCCUGUCCCCAGUUUUGUCCCAGAGUUUUGUCCCCAUCCUCCCUGUGAUUUUUAGGAGGGGAAACAGAGACCAGGAAGAAGCAAGCUGAUAGGCGGUGCCACUCCUUGGACUGAUUGUAAUUAAGAAGGUGGGCAGGUGGGGUCUGCUGAGGGCAAGCUGAGGUUAGUGGGACAGUUCCCCAUGCCUGUUGAUGGACCAGCCUUCCCUGGCAGUUCAUACUACAUGACAUUCAUCUAAACAUGGUGUGGGUGGGUGUGCCACUGCAAUGAAGUGGGAGGAGUUCCUCUUUUCUGCUCUUGGGUGGCAUAAGUUUCUUUCUGUGCCUGAACCAGCUCAGAAGAGCACCUCUGGGGCAACAUCUUUGCCCUGGCAGGUGGGAAGCUGUUGCUGGUGAUAGCCAGAAGAAAACCUUAAAAUCAGACAAUUUGGGGUGGGGUGCUAGUAGCCUGGAGCUACCACAAAAAACUUCAACCCCACUUUCUGCCUUGGCCAGCAGAAGUGGCAGGGCCUCAGAUGCUGUGGUCACUCUGCCCCACUGUUCCCAGUCAGGUAGGGUUGUUCUGUGAGUCUAAAAUCACACAUAGGCAGAGUAAGUACGCUGUGUUUACCAGCUUCAUCUUAGCAGCCUGCAAUUCAUGAAGGUACAGUGGUACCUCUGGUUAUGAAUUAAUUCGUUCCGCAAGUCCAUUCUUAACCUGAAACUGUUCUUAACCUGAGGUACUACUUCUGGGUUAGCGGAGUCUGUAACCCGAAGUGUUUGUAACCCAAGGUACCACUGUAUUCUGAACUUUAUAUAAAUAUUAGUAACUAUUCAGAUGCAAAGCUUAGCAUGUAUUUUUGUGUUUGACUUGAAGGUUGCAUCUGCAAUAAUCCUAGUACGUUGUGUCAGCCUCCUGACUGGUGUUCUUGGCUGCUACUGCUAUGCUGGCAUACUGACAGAAGAAGAAGCACGCAAAUCAAAGCUGUUUCAUAAAGCCAAGGUAAGGCUUUUUUGUGUUUUAAGGGAUACACUAAAUUUCUGGUUUCCAAGCAAGAGAAAUAUCUUAACAGUGGUGGAAGCAUAUAUUUUUAUUUUUUACAUUUAAGUUCCUUGUCACUUAUUUUACAAGUUGAUUAAUGCUUAUUUUUACAUUAUUAGUAGCUUUGAGGCACUUUUGUGAAAAAAGCGAGAAAUACAAGGAAUAGGAAAAUAAAUGAUGUCAGGAAAUGUUAGUAGAGACAAAGUUACUCAUCUUUGUAUGGUUGAUUGCCUUAGCAAAAGCUGAAAGUUUCUUUAGCAUGAUUAGACUUGAAUGUGGAUGGAAUGCGAUAAAAGCAAUAUAUAUCUGAGACAGUUCUUUAAUUCUUUGCAUUUAUUUUUUUUAAUUUGCACAGUCUCUUACUCAUUAUGUGGGAGAAACUAUUUAUCAGUCAAAAAACAAGCUAAAUGAAGAUUCCAGGAUCGUUUCAUUAAGGACGUUAAUAGGACAGUGUAUUAGUUGCGCAUGUAAUUGUAAGCAGGUAAGACACUUGUCGAUCUUUCAGUCCAUGCCACAAUUAAGAAAUGCUGAAAUCCUUGUACUUUAAGCUAGUUAGGUCCCUUUUGCAGCAAACCUAUUUCUCCAAUCAGUUUAAUAAUUUGUAAUCAUGUACAGGUGUAUGUAUGCACACAUAAUUUUUAUUAGUUCAGUUUCAAAAUUAGCAGUAGCUAAUUUUGCUUAGUUUUAAAGUGGUUGGUUAUGUUUCCAUGCCUAGUUAAAGUGAUUAAAUCCUGUUUUGGGGGAUGUGUUCGAUAAUUAGUAUAUAUUGGGUUUGUUUUGACAGAACAGCCCAAGAAAGAUCCUGUCUGGAAUUUUCUUGCAUUUGUUAACCUCAAAACUGAUGAAUGAUCUUGUAGACAUUUGCAAACAUCUGGUGAGUAGUUAUAGUGUAUGGCAUGACUUCCUCAUCACAGUUUAUUUUGGACAACAAAAAGUGUAUAACAUAAGCAGAUAUUUCACUUGAAAGACAGACAAAACAUGCUGGGUUUGACCUUUUCUUAUGCCUAUUGAGAGUGAAGAAUGUAGCCAAACCAAUUUGCUCUAUGUACAUUGCAAUGCUCCCCCCCCCCCGCUCCGCCAUUAAACACCAGUGUUGCAUGUAUCCUGCUUCACACUUACUUUCUCUGUUGUUUCUCUUUCCCCUUGCUAGUUUAUCUUCCUUCUCCUUCAACUCUGCCCUACCUUGGGCACCCUUGUUAUUAAUGGUGGGGGCCAAGCCACUGCUAGCACUGCACUGCUAUGCUCCCUUCUGGCUAAGCUGAACCAUCUUGGGGUUAUUGCUUGAAUCUCUCUAUUUCUUCUAGAGAGACAGUAAAAAUUAAGGCUGAAUGAGUGUUGUAUACCAUUAGGUUUGACAAAUGUGAAAUUGUCCAUUAUCUUCCAUGACUGUAACUCUCACGUUAACAGUAAUACAAUACAGUGGGCUUCUGGAUCAGUUACAGAGACAUUGGUGUGGAUCUCUAAUCUCUGAAUAGCUUGAGAUUUGUGUAGCCGAGGGAGUAUUUCUCUUGAAUAAAUUUCUCUGCCAGCUGAGGUCAAUCUGGACUCCUCAGUUGUGAGUUUUGUCUCUCUGUUUUACUUAAAUUACAAAGUGAAAUGGAGGUCCUCCUCAGUAAAAGUCCCAGCCCCAUAAGGAACUAAGCAGUAUCAAACAGUGAUCUUCCACAGGACAGCGAUGCCACAUUUACCGGAACAAUCAGAAGUCACAUUUUUCUGGUUUGUAUACAGGUGGUGCAGUUUUUAUAUACUGAAACGUACACAGAACUCUCAGUUAAGAGAAUUUUAAGCUUUUUCUAUAAAGUAACUUGAGUUUAUUGUAAGAAAGAUGUGAUUAAAGAAUUCCAAAUAAAUAACUUCUCUUAGAUGUUUUCUACUGGGCGGAUAAGUGAAGCUGGAGAAAUGGAUUUAAUGGAAGAUGAUCCAGAAGAGAGUAGGAUGGAAGGAGAAAAUCCGACCACGUCAGAUCUUUUUGAUGAUCGCUCUGCUGAAGCUGGUGAUGUAAAUGAGGGUGGAGAGUUGCAAACUUUGACAGGUAUCUUUAAAUUGCUUUCUGUAUCGUUUUGGGAUAACUAAAUGGUUUUAAAAGUUUUUGAGGGUACCAUUCCAACAACCAUUUUACAUGUUUCAAAGCCUGUGCAACUUUGCUCGUGUGCAUCACUGCAAACCUGGAAGUGGCAAGUAAAGGGGGCAACCCCUGUGGAAAUGGGGGGUGUGUGUGUAUGUGUUCCUGUAUUUAAAUUGUCUUCCUCUAGAAAUACAUCAGAGGUUCAAAAGCCACCUUCAGAGUUGUUUUUUUCCUACAUAUGCUGACUGAUAUUUUUUCCAGAAUAUAGAGGUGACUGGGGAAGGACUUAAACCCUGCUCUUCCAGUGUAAUCACAGUACACAGACAACUAGGACAGAAUUUGUCUUUUUCUCAAAGACACACAAUCUGUGUCAAGGCUGGUAUUAAACACUAAGUUUCCUAGCCCUACCAGACUUGCAUAAUGUGCUCAUACUUUAGCAAAUGCUGAUACUGCAGUUUCUUUUUUGACCCGGUUGCUGGUAUAACUGCUUUAGAAUUCCUUUACUCUCUAUGUAGCUGCCCAGGUUAGGAAUAGAGGACAACUUAGUUUGGUCUGCAAUAUAGUUCUCAGCUCAAAAAUUGUGUUUGUCUCUCUGUGUGUUGGUAAGAUACAUUUUCUCAAUGAAUUUAUUUCUAAACAUAUGGAUCUAAUUAGGUUUUUUGAUAAAAUGCUGAUUUAAACAUGGUUUUUCACAAGGAAUUAAAAAUAUGAUCUACGAUUAGUGCAUAAAUGUGUCACAAUGGAUUUACCACCGAGCACAUGUAAAAUUGAUAGAGAUAAGAUUUUGAUUGAUUUGUCCAUCCCUAGUCCAGGAACACUAAUUUACUGCUGCAUAUGUCUACGUGUGCCUUCAGAUACUUGGGUAUGUCUGCCAGGAAACUAGUAGUUAUGGCUUCCUGGCAUAUAUCCACUGAAUGUUUGGAAGUUCAUGUCUUAUUUUUUUUAUUUAACACUACACUGUUUUAUGUACAGGUGCCAUAAGCCCAUUGUCAGAAGAACAUUUGGCAAAGCAGGACUUGUUGCUCCUUGAUACUUUAAAGUUCUUGUGUAUAGCUGCCACAGCAACCCCAGUGCAAACUGUUUGCUUUAGAGCGUCUGAAAUUUGGAAGAAACUCUUGAUGCUAAUUGAGGAAAACAUGUUUGAUUAUAUUAAGCCGCAGCAUCUGCAUGUAGUGAGUAUGAAAAGUCACUCUGCUGUGUGUUAAGUAGUCUUUGGCUAACUGUUCUAGCAACAGGUGGAGGAUCUUGAAACCUUAACAUCAUGUAGGCGUUUUAUAAACAAUUCUGCUGCUGUGUGAUUUUAGACAGUAAUAAGCUUUGUUCUACGUUAAAAUAUAUGAAAAACCUAUAAACCAAGCAUGAAUGUACAAGUAUGCAGCCUAAUAUAUAUGGAAUUUAAAAUGUUUAAUAUAAAUGAAUAAAAGCAUUAGAAAAGCUUUUUAAAAAUGUGUUUCGUUCUAGUACUUAGUCUUGUUGAAGGAACUCCCCAGUGAGGAAAACCCCUUGCCAGAUGACCACCUUGUCUCCCUUCUCAAGCCUCUUUCGUAAGAGAAUCUUGUUUUUAAUGAAAUAACUGUGACAUUGAUAUUUUGCAGAUACAUUUUCUCAAUGUUUCUCUUUUUUCCUACAGGGAUAUAUGUCCCUUUUACCGUCGAGAUCAAGAAGUUUGCUCAGCAAUUUUAUAUAAUCUCCUUCCUAUGGUGACCGCCUUGGGUACUGCCAGAACAAAUACUGAAGCCCUGGGUCCACUUUUAACUGUUGUUGCAGCAUUUUGGUAUGAUAAGCAUAUUUUCACAUGCAGUUAAUUUCAUGGUCAUAAACUUGUCAGCUGUAGCAAUUGCCAAGUGUUGGAUCACAUGGUCUUUUGCAUUUGCUCCCUCCCACCACCCUUCUUGGAUCAGUAAGCAUAAGUAGUUAUCAUGAAAGGGAUUUCUUGGACAUAUACAAACUGAUGUUUUGCCCUGUCUUACUGUUUUGUUUUGUUUUUGCUGCCUGUAGCUUGGGUUCUGGCUUGUAUAUACAUUUUUUUGGUCUGAUUUCAGAGUCUCUUUGUUUCCUUUUGCUGUUUGGGUCUGAUUUUCCUUUCCUUCUUUGGUUUGUUGCAAUAAAAAAAACCCAGACUUGCAAGGGAGGGAAGAGUUCAGUUAAAUUCUUCCAACUUGCAAUUUUGCCUGUGACUGCUAGAGGGAGCUAAAUACUAUCCUUGGCAUCAGCUUACAGUGGUGCCCCGCAAGACGAAUGCCUCGCAAGACGAAAAACUCGCUAGACAAAAGAGUUUUCCGUUUUUUGAGUCGUUCCGCAAGACUAAUUUCCCUAUGGGCUUGCUUCGCAAGACGAAACGUCUUGCAAGUUAUUGCGAGUUUGUUUCCUUUUUCUUAAAGCCGCUAAGCCGUUAAUAGCCGCUAAGCCGCUAAUAGCCGUGCUUCGCAAGACGAAAAAACCGCAAGACGAAGAGACUCGCGGAACGGAUUAAUUUCGUCUUGCGAGGCACCACUGUAUAUAGGCUCAAGAAAUCCUGUUCAUGGUAAGUAUCAACAGUCUUAUUGAUUGAGCAGACUCUUCCAUAUUUUUUAUGACGUAUGUAUGUUAUUUCUAUAUGAAAUACUUACGUUUGUUCUUCCAGUCCCUCCAAUCUGGUUUCCAAGGAUAUGCUCUAUUUUUUUAACUGUAUUUAUAUUUAUAAAAUUUUAUAACAUUUCUCAAAGUAUACUAGUCUUAAGUGCCCUCAGCGUAAUGUGUAUUAGUUGUGAAUGGUGUAAGGAAUGAAUGUUUAGUUUAGACAAGAACACUUUGCUUUCAGGAAGGAAGCAACAGGCAACAUUAGCUUGAUCAGAAAGUUGUUCAUACUAUCAGUUCUUGAACUCUGCAUAAAUUAAAAACUAGCCAAGAAGUUUUGAAGCAUGGAAAGAAAUACUUUUUUUCUUUCUUAUUCUGAGUGAUCUGCCAAAAGUAUAGACUUUUUUGCCUCUUUGAAGUUUAUCAUAAAAUAUUGUUUGUUCCAGGCAAUUAGCAAAUAAAGGAAAAUACACAGCUCCUGUAAGAAUUGCCUUAGUGAAUUGUAUGAAAGCCUUACUUCAGGUAAGUCAAUAGCUAGAAAUAUUUAAACAAAAGGUUUUUGUUGGCUUUCCCAAGUUCCAUAAAAAUGUAGUGUUAACAUUUUCUCUCUUUCCCCUCACCAGGUUGAUCCUCAUUCAAAGUGGGCUGUGCUUGAUGUUAAUGGUGAAGAACUCCCUGUGAGUGAUGCUUUCCCCCACUUCCUUGCAGAUAGCAGUUUUCAAGUUUGCAUGAUUGCAGCUAAAUCAAUAAGCAGGUAUGCCUUUGUAGUUUAAUUAUUUGACAUAAAGGUAGUAUACAAAAGUUACACAUUCAGAAUUGCUUAGCGUUUUUUCUUUACCAUCUCCCAGAAAGACAUACAAGUAGAAGUAGAAGAAGUUUAUGGUAGGACUGGAUAUCCAGCUUCUACCUCUCCUAAUUUUGUUGCUAACUGCAAGAGAAAUAGAUACUACUGACAAAAUGCCAAAUAUCUAGUUCAGGAGUUUACAAGAAACCUUUAAAGAAAAUGAUGGGAGAUAGCUCUUAAACAGCUGGACUAUGAGGUGUAUAUCUUUGAUGGAGGCCCCUUGGCUUUUUCUUUUUGCUAUGCAAACUCAUUCCCUCUGGGAAGGGAUUCAAAGUGACGGUUGCUUAAUCACAAACAUAGGGGGGCACCCCCAAGAACCACAGAAGGGUUCUCAAAAUUAAAUACCUUUAAGGCUUUAUUUUAGAAAACAGAGAAUGUUGUAAAUUAUUCUAAUUUUAUUUUUCUCCCUGCUUGAUGCUAAGUUUGUUUCAAGAUGUGAAGCUGAGAGAUUCAACUGGCUUACUGAGUGCUCUUCCGUUGAAGCUCCAGCAAAGGGCUUUUGAGAACUUGUAUCUCACAGUUCAAGAAGGAACAAAGAAACUGGUAAUACACCCCCCCCCCCCAGCACACAUACACAUUUCCACUGUAACAUUUUCUCUUAUUCAUUGGAAGUUGUUGCUGGGUGUCCUUUUUAACCGUUUCCCCCCAAAUCCACUGAAGUUUAGUUGGAUUUGCCUGUUUUUAAGUCUUUGCUUCUAAUUAAUCUUCCAACUAGGUAAUACAAUAAAAUGAACAUAUUUCCAUUCACUUACCAGGUGCACAGGCUACAUAGUGACUUAAAUGAAGUUGUUUCAUUGAUGACGUGGUGGGCACAGUAGUUGUGCUGAUACUGGAAAAGAGCUAUCACGUUUAAGAGUAAUGCUAAGGUUUAUUAUUAUGAUUAAUAUUAUUAGUCUACUUUGUGUUAAACAUUUCAGAUUUGUUGUGCUGAACCCCUCUUGUACCUUUUUUCUUUGAUUAAAUGUUCCUUUUUGCUGUGGCCUUUAAUUUCAUCAGAUAAACUAUUGUAUUUAUCUCUACAAUUUUAACACAGCUUCACUCUGCAAGCUUUCCUGGAAUAGGGGUCUUGAGUGUUUGCUUCACUCAAAAAUAACGGUGCUCUUAUCUAAUUUAAUUGGUAUGUGUGGGUUAAGCGUAAGGGGGAAAUCAUGCUUAGGUUUUGCAUGGGGCCUGUAAACUUCCAGUAGGAAAACAUAAAAAUGAUUGCUGCAAAGUAGACCUAUUGGAUUAUUUCUUACUUCUCAAUUUCAGGAUCAUAUUUUAAUAAAAUAUAAAUGGUUGAGGGAAUUUUUAAAUUACAUCUAUCACUUAAAUAUAUUAAAAGUUCGUCUUCAUUCAGUGUUUUCUUCUUACAGGCACAUGGCUCUGUGAACCAAGAGAAUCUUCCUGAUGAAGAGUAUAAUAGAAAAUCAGUUCUUCUUAUGUUAAUAACGAUGAUUUUACGCUGCAGUCCUGUGUGUGAAAAGCAGGCACUGUUUGCAGUUUUCCAGUGUGUAAAAGAGAACGGAUUAGAGCCUCACCUUGUAAGGAAGGUAUGGGAAAGCACACAGUUAAAAACUCUAAAUGAACAUGCAGGGCUUAAAAAAAACUUCAAAUAGUUUUCAAAGAAUUUCCAUAUUACUUAGAUUUGAACCAAUAAAAAUGUCCAUGGUUUUGUGGUUCUGUAUAAAAUGGUUGUCAUAAAUAGGUCUGAGCCACUACUCGUUUUUCUCCAUAGUGUUAAUUCCUGAUAGGACCUUUAGUUCAUAGACACUGCCGUCAUUCACACAUCACAGUGAACAAUAGUUAAUGGUUUACUGUGAUCACAUCUUUUACUCUUUCCUCCUACUUUGUGGAAGAAACAAACCACAUUCCUUGGCUUAGCAUUACACCCAAAUUAGGAAUAUGUGAACGAAGCCACUAUGAGUGGUUAUAGUUACUACCAGUGGUGGUCUCAUUUGGAAUUGCCCUUUCUUCGAAUGUAGGUGUUGGAAAGAAUUCCUGGUACUCUUGGAUACAGAAGUGUGGAAGAUUUCAUGAAUACACACUUAGAUUAUCUUGUUCACCAAUGGCUGAACUGCAGCUACAGCCUUCCGGAUUUUCCAUAUACAUUAUUGAAUUACCGUACUUUGGACGAGUUCUACAGGUAUGCUUCUAAAUUAUGUUUGUGCGAUUCCCCCACUAAUUAUCUGGAAACACUCAAAAUAUUUUGUAGCGAUAUGCCAGGUGCCACAUUUUGUGUUUUAUUGGUUGAAGCAGCAUAUUCUCAGAAAGGUGCAUAGUUUUUGAGUUAAAAUACCAAUAUUUUGGAAUACCCUUCAUAAAUUAAACUAUGCUCUUGCUGCAAUUAACUGGUCAGUAGCUAAUUAGAAGGGACGCGGGUGGCGCUGUGGGUUAAACCACAGAGCCUAGGACUUGCUGAUCAGAAGGUCAGCGGUUCGAAUCCCCGCCAUGGGGUGAGCUCCCAUUGCUUGGUCCCUGCUCCUGCCAACCUAGCAGUUCGAAAGCACGCCAAAGUGCAAGUAGAUAAAUAGGUACCUCUCCAGCGGGAAGGUAAACAGCGUUUCCGUGCGCUGCUCUGGUUUGCCAGAAGGGGCUUAGUCAUGCUGGCCACAUGACCCGGAAGCUGUACGCCGGCUCUCUCAGCCAAUAAAGCGAGAUGAGUGCCGCAACCCCAGAGUCGGCCAGAGUCCCUUUACCUUUACCUAGCUAAUUAGAAAUAGGUGAUCAAAUGAACUUUUCAAGAAUAAUUUGUCAUAAGAAUGCAGUUGUUGGAUUCUGUUGUAGCUUGCACUGUAUACUAUACUUGAAGUGUAAUUUCCCCCUCAAUUGUUUUGCCAUAAUUAAAGAAAAUCCUUAAUUUUAGAUCCUGCUACAAAGUUUUGAUUCCACAACUGGUUGUUAAGCAACAGUUUGAAGAGGUUACAUCCAUUGCUAACAAGAUUGAAAGAGAGACGCAACAGCUCUUGGCACAUUGUUUCCCCAAAAUACUUGUCAACAUCCUCCCUUAUUUUGCCUAUGAAAAUCAUGAAGAUGGUGAGUUUGCGCAAAAGAAAAAGACAGCUCAUGAAGUCUAUGAGAGGCUGAAAGAUGACAACUGGUUAGGAAAACAGGUACUUUUUUUAUAAACUUGUUGGAAUUCCUAGACUAAAAUGCUAUGUGUUCUGCUGUUUGGCUUAAGAGGCAUCCAGCGCUUACUGGGGUUUGUGUCCCUUCCCAUUGCACAGAAGCCAGUAAGGCUUUUGACUUAGUCCCCUCUUCCCGAUAGCUCUGCUAGCUCUUUUGUAUUCACUUCCUGCCUUGCAGAAGAGGAGAGCAGAAGAUACAUUCCUCUUCUCAUUUUUCUGCUUCAUAGCUCAGGCCUUCCUUCCCCAACAUAGUUUUUCUAACUCUUCCCCUCCCCUCAAUGCCUCUCCUCAAUGGCUCCUUCAGGGAAACAUGCUACCAACAAAGAUGGAAAAGCAUGUGAGACUGUUUAGAAGCCAUGCAGCAGUGUGCUAUUCAGUAACAAGCAGCUCUGACUCUGAACCAACCUUUCACGAGCAGCCAAGAAUAUCCAUCUUGGAUUCCAGUAACUGUGCAGCUCUAAACCCUGUUAAUCCUGGCCGUAGUUGAGAUGAGGGCAGGCAUAUUCUCAUACGGAUUCCCCCCCCCCCAUUUUAGAUGGCUGAGGUCUGAAUCACCCCAAGGAGCUUAAUUGAUGGGAGAAAGCAACAAAUGUGGUGCUGUCUGUAGGAACCAAAAGCAGUUUGCUGAUUAGCCACCAGAUGGUGCAGGAGAACAAUCUAAGGGCAUCCUCAACUCUUGGUUUUAAGGGAUUUUGCCUUUUUGAAAAGGAGGCGCUUAAAGAGAUGAUUGUUGGAAUUUGGGAUAAAUGUUAAUCUGUGCCAUCCACCCCCAGUGGGAAAGUUGCCUUAAGUGAACUUUCCUCCCAGUUUGUUUUAAGGAUGCUUUGCUGGGGUAGGUUGUUGCUCUUGGGGAGAAAUGGAAGGUGCCCCCUGUUCAUGCAUCAAACAGAGUAUUGCUUUAAAGAACCUCCACCUUCAUAGGAAGCAAUUCAUAAACAAAGUAAUAGUAAUAAUGAGGAGGAGAUCAUACACACAGUGGUGGGCAAGUAGGUAAACUAUCCAGUUUCUGAGUUUAAUACUUUUGAAUAUAACAUCAGCAUGGAAACUGACAGGCUGUGUAAUAACCAGCCUUGUAUUGUAUUUCAUAUUUAAAAUAAAACUAAACCUGUGUUGUGUUGUUUUGUUUUUACAGCUGAUUGACAAUUUAUUUCAUAGUAAUUUACCAGAGAUUGUAGUGGAGGUAUUGAUGACACUGCAUGAGUCAGUCGGUAUCGCAGCACAAGAAGAUUCUGAUCUAACGAGAUUUACAGGGUACAGUUUCCCAUCCUACCGAUUAUAACACAUGUUGGUUAUUUAACCUUUGUAAGCAAAUAUUUAAGAAAUGGGGAUGGUAUGUAGUGGUUUGAUGGUCUGUUUUCUAUUUGAGAAAGUGGUGAGUUAGUAAUAGUACCUUAAGAACAGGAAAAUCUGUUCUCAUGAACCUACACAUAGCAAUAGGUCAUAAAAUUCACUUGUAGUUAAUGGGGAUGCCCACCACUGAGGAAAGGUGAUGGCUCAAAGAAGCAGAGGCUAGAAGCUCCUGGUUGCAAGGCAACUUGGAAGGAGACCAGGGUGUGGGUUCAGAACCAUGGAUAGUGCUCCUGUAGGUGAAUCCAAACAUUCAAGUUGUUUCAGUGCAGAGCAACUGGAUGCCCAUCCACUUGGUGCUGCCUCCUGGCUGAUUGAAUGGCAGGUGCCUUCCACUGUAGCUCCUUCAGAGUAAUUGGGUUUCCAGCUGUGGGGAUCUCUGUUGCUCACCCAAGGACUUUGUGGAUCAGCCUUAAGAAUCUAGUGGCAGAGGUCUCUCAUUGGGGGGAUCAGGGUAGCCUCCUGUGUCUACAGACCCACAAGGGAAGAACCAGAGAGUAGAUCUAUCUCCUGAGAACUGCAGCUGCCAGAGGACUCUGCCUCUAAGGAGUCUGGGUCCAGGGUCAUGGCAUGACCUUUAUCAUACUGAUAAUUGUAUGUACAGAAGGAAAUUAUGUUAGUGCUCUUGUCUCAACUGCCCAUUUUUCCCAAAGUAAGCCUUCCCUGUUGGGUACUAGGGUACCUCCAGGUAGGACUGUGUUCCUCCAACUGCUUGAAGGCAGGAACUGUUGAUGCUGCAAAGAAAGUUGAUGGAUUUCUCUCUCUUGGAGUCAUUUUAUUUCUUAUGUUUACUUGAAGCAAACGUUGCCCUGCAAUUGUGAUCCUACUUUGCAACUUUUGAAGUCUGUUCACCAGUGACAAAAUGCACCAUGUGGUUCCACAAUAGUUUGUGGUCUGUCAGUGAAUAAUGUCUUGCUUAUAGAUAUUUCUAUGGGUGUUAGCACAGUAUGAUUCUUCAGUUCCUUUUCUCUAGUUCACAGUGUAUAGAAAUAUAUUCAUGCACACAUUACGGCAUGUGGACACAGAAAGGCAAGCAGUCAUAUUUCCCCAGUGUGCACUUGGUGUACACACUCAUAUGUUUGAAAUAAAACUGGAGUCUGUCUUUAUACUUUUAGCCCAGUGGUGAGUCAGCAAAUUGUCCCUAGACAAUAAACUGUUAUCCAAAUUAGAUCAGCAGUAGAGAGAGAGAAAAAGAGAGGAGAUAUAGAAUUGUUGUUAUUGUUGUUUAGCCGUUUAGUCAUGUCUGACUCUUCGUGACCUCAUGGACCAGAGCACGCCAGGCACUCCUGUCUUCCACUGCCUCCCACAGUUUGGUCAAACUCAUGCUGGUAGCUUCGACAACACUGUCCAACCAUCUCGUCCUCUGUCGUCCCCUUCUCCUUGUGCCCUCUUAUCUUUCCCAACAUCAGGGUCUUUUCCAGGGAGUCUUCUCUUCUCAUGAGGUGGCCAAAAUAUUGGAGUCUCAGAUAUAGAAUAUAUCUGAAUAUAGAAUAUAAGAUAUAGAAUAGGUAAUAUUAAAACACCUAUUUAAAUACAGCAUUAGUCUUUUAAAAGAGGCCCCGUGGAACAUGUGUACUCUGUAUCCACGGGGCCUCUUUUAAAGGACUCACCCUGUAUAAGUUAGUUUGUUUCCUCCCAGCUGAGAAAUGAAUCAGUAUUUCAGUCCAAUCUGUUCAUAUUUCUUUUCACAGAAGAUUUUUGUUUGGGGACUCAUCAAGGCUUUGAAAGGUUUCCAUUUUUUUUUCCAGGGAUCUGGAUCCCACUCCUAAUCCUCCUCAUUUUCCAUCACGUGUCAUCAAAGCAACAUUGGAUUACAUCAGCAGUUGUCAUAAAACAAAAUCAAAAGGUCUUGUAGCAAUUCUUUCCAAGCACCCUGUAAGUAACUGAUUUCAGUUUUGUGACACACAUUGUGACCUACAUGCAGGUGCUGCUUAAAAAAGAACUACUGGUCCUACCUGAAUAGUAGAUUUAUUAGCCCAAUCCGAAGACUUCAUCGUCCACUGUAAUAAAUCUGCAAUAUCCAGUCUGUUUGCUCCUUCCUCUUCUGUAAUGCCAGCUAGUUCACCCUAAUGUCACAAUAGGGUUCAUUUCCUUGUCUCCCUUAAAUGUUCGCCUGUAAUGUCAGGUGGUGGGGAGAUGCAUGACAUCAUGACUUCAGGACAGGGAUAAGAUGUUGGGGGCAAGGGAGGGAAGGGUAGAAUUAGAUAGCUGGCUGUCAUAUUUUUUUUUUUUUAAUCAUCAAAUCUAAUUCCAGGCAAUGUAAAACAGAAAAUCCCCAGAGAUUACUAUCUAAUGUUCUAUCUUUUUUUCUGCAGGAGUCAUUCCAAAAAAUCUUAUUUGCCAUAUGUAAGCAAGCAUCCGAAACAAAUAAUAUAUACAAAAAACAUAGAAUUAUUAUGAUAUAUCAUUUUUUUGUUCAAUUAUUACUGGAAAAAAUAAAGGAUGGUUUAGGAGGAGCAUGGGCUUUUGUACUCCGGGAUGUGAUUUACACUACAAUUUACCACAUCAGCAACAGGUAUGAGUAUUAUGUACUAUUUAUAUACAUGUCCAGUGUGAAAAUACUUCAGUAACUGGGAUUGGGCAUCAUAGCAUUUAUGGUACACUGGUACAACCCAUUUAUGGUACACUGGUACAACCCAUCUUGUCUAUGGCUAUCAGCUGUGACUGGUAUUUAAAGAGCUCAAGCUCAGGCCUUACUAUUCAAGAUUCCUAUAAAUGGAGAUUGAACCUUGUCCAAUACCAGUAAGCCAUGAACUUGAUUGGUGGUUUAAAGUAUUAAGCUUUCAAAGACCUUCAAUGAUAUCAUGAGGAAUUUCAAAAGCCUUAGUGAAAUCAAGAUACACUGCAUCCAUGAUAUUCUUGUGGAGAAGCUGGUAAAAUGUGGGCUGGAUGAGGUAACUGUUAGGUGGAUUUGAAGCUGGUUGGCUGAGCGGACUCAAAGAGUGCUCACUAAUAGGUCCUCAUCAUCCUGAGAAAAAGUGGCAUUGCUUUCAUUUGAGGGAGAGGGAAGACAGGGGAGCAUGUUGUAAAAAUCAUUUGUACAUCACCACCUUGUCUGGAUAUACUGUGUUGAUUAAAGUGUGUAUCGUAGCUCCCCUAAGCUGCUUCAUUUUUAAAAAUGUGUUUUAGGCCUGUUCCUCUCAAAGGGAUAUCCCUCCGGAGCUUCUUGCUAUGUUGUGACCUUCUCAGUCGUGUUUGCCAUACAGCAGUAAUAUAUUGUGGAGAUGCCCUAGGGAGUCACCUCCAUGUUGUUGUGGGGACACUGAUUCCCAUAGUUGGAGAACAACCUGAAACCCAAGAAGAAGUAAGUUUUAAUAAGCUGCACUUGCUAGGCAUUUUAUGUUUGCUUGAUUUAGGUUUACUUGGGUCAGUUUAGAAUAUGCAUACUCCACCUUUCCACCUGAGAACGAAGCGAACAAUAUAAAUGCAAAAAUCAAUUAGUAACAUUUUUAAAAGGCAAUUACUGUAAACCCACAACUUAUUCAGGGGUUAUGUUCCAAGGAUAGUGCAUGGAACAAAAACCGUGUAUAGUCAAAACAAUGUAAGGAGCAAUAGCAGGUGGGAUUGCUGAAGUUUUUCCCCCCUGGAUGCCCACUCUUUUUACCUCUUUAAAAAAAUCCCAAGCACCUAAAGCUGAAUACACACAAGUUAAAUGUGUGUAAGUUGCAGGUUUACUGAAUAAGGUAUGCACAAGAGUAUUUUGAAAGCCCCAGGCAAUAUUCCAAAUUUCUGAGAUCCCUUCAAUCUCAAAAUCUUGAGGUUUAGUAGCUGCUGUUUUAAGAAGUGCACAAUUAAUUGCACAGUUUGUUGGAUCCCAUUGCCAUUACAUGUGUAUGCCCACAAAUUUUGGUCACCAGUUCUCUUCCUCACUCCUCCACAAGGAGUAAGAUCUUGUCCUUGACCUGUGUUGCAUCUCAGACACUCAGUGUGAGAUCAGGGAUGAAUUCCUGUUUCUUUCCCAAGCUUAACUAAAUGUCUGCCUUAAAUUGCCUUAAAUGUCUACUUAAUUGGUAGGAAAGUUGAACAACUUAACUAUCUGCAUUAUUUAAAUGCUUCUUUUUUUCUUUUUAGGCGAAUAUGGAUAAUUAUGCUCAAAAUGCUUGCCAGUGAAGAAAUAAAUUAUACAAUCAGGGCUCUAUGCUUGCUCAUCUUAAUUAUGAGUCUUAGCGUGUCUGUGUCAUUAAAGCUGUGAGCUGUGGGCUGCAGAAUUUACAUUUAGAUAUAUUUAAAGGCAAGAACUGAUAUGUGUUACGCUAAUCUACUGCAUAUAAUUAUAUCACUAAUGUUAUAAAAUUCUGUUAAAUAGUUUUGCUAUUUUUUUUGCAGCCAGCUGAUAUAUUUUAAUGUAAAAGCUGCAGGCCGUGAAAGGUCGUACGUAGUAUGUAGAGGAAUUUGGGAUGUUAGAAUAGUUAGUUUGCAGUCAGUCUGAGAAGGUCCAUACAUAACCUUUGUCACUAACAUCUACAUUUAUAAGAGUAAAGUAGGAGUGGUCAGGCAGCAUGCACUAGCAUUCUGUUCGUUUCCUUUAAAUCACAGUAAGCCAGCAACCCUGUCUUACUGUGAUGUGCACAUGUGGCCACUGUGGAUAUUUAGAUGCUGCUUCUGCCUUUCCACUUUAUGCACCAUGAAAUCAAAAGCAGGCCUUUCAUCUGCUCUGCCCAUAGCAUAUUGAAAUGCACAUGUGAACUGAGGAAUUAACAGCACAGUCCUUGGUAUGGUUGAUCAGAAGUAAGUCCCAUUGUCUUCAGUGGGCCUUAUUGCCUAAUAAACCAGUUUAGGAUUGUAGUUUAAAUAUAGGGUCUUCCCUGACAUUGGCUAUUGAGCCUGAUAAACAAGGCUCAGCGUCAAAGGAGUGGAUGGAAGUGGCGAGUAUUUUGCAUUCAAAUUAAGUGCAGGAUCUGCUAUUUGGUAUGGGUUUCUAUGCAGUAAGGAAAGAAAAUGCCUGCUCCCAGUCUCACCAUGCCUAGAGGUAGCAUUGAGGGAAGUAACUGCUGAGCAGCUAGUCUGAAGACUGUGGAUCAGAGUAUUGUGAUUGCUGUUUUUCCAUGCACAAACAUGAAGACUUUCUAGAGUGGUUUCAUUUCUUUGUUCCUCCACUUUUGUUUUCCUUUUCAUUUAGGUCUUGGGCUUAUUGAGAUACCUAGUGAUAGAUAACAAAGACAAUGAAAACUUAUACCAGGCAAUCAAACAUCUGGAUCCUUUUCCGGAUCACCCUGCUUUUAAAGACCUGCGUGCUAUUCAGCAAAAAAUAAAAUACAGUAAUGGUGGAUUUUCUCUCCUGGAGGUAAUACAAUCAGUUUUCAAGCCUUUGAAAUCAUAGUGGAUUAGGUCUUCCUAUUCAUAAUCUACUCAUGAGUAAGUCUCAUUGAUCUUAGUGAUGUUAAUUUCCAGAUAAGAAUUGACACAUUACUCAGCCAUUCAGAGUCUCUACAUUUUUUUUAAGAUAAUGAACAUGUAUAACUCUUUUUGAUUAUAUCUAAUUGUAGAGCUUUAUGAAAAACAGUACCUAAUAAUUGUGUGUAAAGGUAAAGGUACCCCUGCCCGUACGGUCCAGUCGUGUCCGACUCUGGGGUUGCGCGCCCAUCUCGCUUAAGAGGCUGGGGGCCAGCACUGUCCGAAGACACUUCCGGGUCACGUGGCCAGCGUGACAAACUGCAUCUGGCGAGCCAGCGCAGCAUACGGAAACGCCGUUUACCUUCCCGCUAGUAAGCGGUCCCUAUUUAUCUAAUUGCACCCAGGGGUGCUUUUGAACUGCUAGGUUGGCAGGCGCUGGGCCCAACAACGGGAGCGCACCCCACCGCAGGGAUUCGAACCGCCGACCUGACGAUCGGCAAGUCCUAGGCGCUGAGGUUUUACCCACAGCGCCACCCGCCUCCCUAAUAAUUGUGUGUAUCCUUACUAUAAAAUCUGUUUGUUGUUUGCAGGAAAUUAACCAUUUUCUGUCCAUAAAUACCUCUGAUUCGCUACUGUUAACGAGACUUGAAGGUUUAAAUGAUUUGCGUAAGCAACUUAAGGAGCAUAAAGAACAAAUGAAGGACCUUAUGAAAGAAUUUCACGGUAUGGGUUUGAGACUGCUUUUUAAAUUCCUGCGAGUACCGCAUAUUGCGGGGGGAUGACUAACCUGAGGGCAGCAUGGGUCCAUGAUCAACCCUAAAACGAACUAAAUCAGAUACCAGUACAGUAUCUAUUUUUUAUACUAUGAACAAUGCAAUAAGCAAAAAUAAAUAUCAGUCAAAGGAUUAGGGAGAAACUGUUUCUUAUCUAGAGGAUGUUGAGGAAGGCACUAGGCGAAACAUAACAUUGAGAAUGCAUUUCACAGUGGGUACCACAAUUUAAAAAGUGCUGUCCUUUUUUUGUUUGUUCACAACACACUUCAGAAAAUAGCAUUGGAGAAAGCAAAGAUAGAAAUAAAUCUGCUCUAGCCGAUCUCCUUACUUUCUAGAGCCUCUCUUUCACUGAUGAAUUGCCUUGUGUCAUUGGGGACAGUGUUGGCAUAUCAUACUAUAGACUAAUUAAUAUGUUUGAAAUGCAGUUCGGCAAGUCCUGUGAGUUUCUGUAAAUAUAAUUUCAUUUGCCUUUUAACAGGGUCUGUGUAUUUCAAAGCACUGGCAUUUAAGAGGAAUUUUAAAAAUUUGUUUGGUUACAACUUUCCACACAUGGUUGAUAUGGAUAUUGUGGGGUAGUUUUUUGGUUUUUGUUUAGUUUUUUUUUUUGGAGUCUUCAAAUGAAAAAUGUUUAAAUUAGUAGCAUUAGUAAAUCUUACAUGUGUAAUCUGUAUAUUUAAUGUCUGUUUUUAAUCGUAUAAUUUUAAUGGUAUAAUUAAUUUUAUUGGUCUGUGACCAUAAUAAAUAAUUCAUUCACUUAAUACUGCUUUUAAUACUUUUUACACCCUACUGUAGAAAACCCAAAGGACUGUAUAAUAGUGAAGCUGAUAGCGUGUUUCUUACAACUUUCAAAAACAGCUGUUAAUUCUACCAAUAGAGCCUUGGGUAAGAAAUUUAGCUAUUCAAAUGAGUAGAGUUCUUUUGAAGAGAAUUGGUAAAAAUUAGAUUAUGUUCCAAGGUCAUACAACAUUUAAUAUUUUUAUACCAGUAAAUAACUUCAGAGAAAUUUUGACUUGAAUGUUGAAAGAUAGCCCCUAGAAACCUGUUAAAAAAACCUGAUAUUGCUCUGUUAGCUUUUAAAAAAAGUAUUAUUUACUAAAUAGUUAUUUUUAUUAAAGCUUGAAAAACAAGACUUAGUUAAUUAUACUUCAUCUUUGCAUUACUUCCUUUGUCUCCUGUAAAAAGUAUCUGCUUUCCUAAAUUGCUAACUAAUCCUUGCCAUUUGAGUAUUUCUAAAACUGGAAUGUAUUGGUUUUUCAAAAUGUUUUCUCAAAAUAGUACUGGUGCUGGUUCUCAAAGCUCAGUAAGCCCCUCACAGUAUAACAGUACCAAUUGAAAUUAUAAGUGCAAAGAAAUUUGGGGGGAGAUCUCCCUCCCUUUUUUUAUCCUUUCUCUUGUUUUGUAAGCUAUUGCUGCUAUUAACCAAUAAGAAUUCAGGGAACAUAUGUGAUGGAAACAGUUCUCCCUGUCUUGUUUAUACACACUGGUGCUAUCACUGCAAUGCUUAGGCCUAGCCCUUGAAUUCUAUACAAAUUAGAGUCCCUGUAGUGGAAAUCACAGAGAAAACGCAACAUAUUAAAACAGUAUGCUACCUUUUUUCUUUAUUUUCAUAUUGAAGGGUCCAGUUGUAUUAUGUAUAUUUUGUACAUAAAUAUGAAAAGCAGUGAAAUGUGAAAAACAUCAGUGAAAUAUGAAAAGCAUCAUAUGAAUGUCUACAUUUGCAGAUGCAGUUGGAAGUUGUUUGGGAGAAAUUGGUCCUAUCAAUUUUUCCACCACAGCAUUGCAGCACACUAAAAGCGCUUCAUCCUCAAGUGCGGUUGAUCUGUUUGAAGACCGAGAACUUCAAUGGGUCUUCAUAAUGUUAACUCUCAUAAAUAAUGCUUUAAUAGAUCAAUGGUAAGUAUACAGGAGAAAAUUUAACAUGGUGUAUAAAUGUUGCCUUUAAGUAAAUCUGAGAUGACAAUAUCCAAUUUCUAAAGAGUUACAUUUUUUUCAGUAUUGACGUUCGAUCUGCUGCUGUUGCAUGUUUGAAAAACAUUCUAGCCACUGAAACUGGACAUCGAUUUUGGGAUAUUUACAAAACUGAGACUGAUCCCAUGCUGGUAUACCUCCAUCCUUUCAGGGUGUCUAAGAAAAAGGUAUUGUGUUUUGUACUGUAUUAUAAAACUAGAUGCAGAACCCUAACUCUCCUGUCUUAAUUGGUAAGACUAUCUUGGAUCAGUAGCUGCUCCCAGACAUUUCCAGAGGCGUGUCCAAAUAUCUGAAGUAGUUUGACUGACUCCUGGAUUUUCCAGAGCUUUUAAAAUACAAUUCUCUUUGUCCCAGCAGUUCUGCAUAGUGAGAUAAAGGAAUUGUGAGCUGCCUUAAUAGAGGCUGGAGUUGGUGGUUCAGGAGAGAAGGCUAUGUAAUGCUGCUUAAGGAAUUUUAACAGACACUUGGUUUCUUUUUUAAAAAACAACAACACAAAAUGAUAUUUAGUUCUUGGAAGUGCCCGAACAAGCAAGAGACCCUCUUUCCGAAGAUCUGGAUAAUACAAAUCUGUGGAUUCCUCAAGGUGAAAGCCAUGAUGUUUGGAUUAAGACCUUGACUUGUGCCUUGUUGGAUAGUGGAAGGAUAAAAAGUGAACCCCUUCUUUUUCUGAAGCCACUGUGUAAGGUAAAAUAAGUUUGUUGGUAGGAUUACAUUCUAUUGCCCUGUCACCUUCCUAUUUUAAAGUUUCAUCUUACUACAUUUUUUUCUCUUUCCCCAUGUCAUUUAGAGGUGUGUGAACUUUUUGAAUGAACAAUAUAUGGAAUGCUUUGUUAUAACUUAGUAUAAGAAUAAAGCUGACUACUAAAGGCAAACUGAAACUAAUAAUGUGUUCAAGCAAUUUCUUUCUUUGUGUUCUAGGUUCAAACUGCUUUUUGUCAGGCUGUCCUUCCAUAUUUGAUUCAUGACAUUUUACUUCAUGACUUAGAUGAAUCUGCGCAAUCUCUUUUAUCAACACACAUUCAGAUGUUUUUUACCACCUGUUGCAAAUAUGCAUUAUCUCCCAGUAGGCCAUCUACACCUGCAAAUUCAGAUCCAGGUAACGCCAUAAAGCUUUUCCUAUGCCUCAAGAUAUUAUGCAUGUAAGGGUGAGCUUAGGUGGGAUUUGAGCUCCAUCUAGUGGUUGGAGGCAAAAUUGCUGCUCCAUUUAAAGCAUUUCCCCCCAUUCUUAAAAAUAAAGACUAAUAAUUUAAAGAUAUGGCAUGCAAGAUAUUGAGAAUGAGGAUUGGGGAAACCCAACUCAAGCAUUGGUUCUUCGUUAUAGGGCUCUGGUACUCUGGUAAUGAUCAGCUAGAAUGGAAAGAGUUUUAAGAAGAGGAAGAGCCAAAUGUUGCUAGUUUGUCAGCUGAGCUAAACUAACAUUGUUAAGAAAUAACAGAAGAGUCAAAGCUAUUUCUUUUUGUUAAAUAGCAGAGACAGCAUAGUUUAAUAGAUGGUUCAGAUUCUUGCUUUGCUAUAAACCACUUUCUUAAUAGCUGUGGGGGUACGUCUGUAUUUCACACACCAUUUUCUCAUUUAAAAUACAUUGGUACCUCGGGUUAAGUACUCAGUUCAUUCCGGCGGUCUGUUCUUAACCUGAAACUGUUCUUAACCUGAAGCACCACUUUAGCUAAUGGGGCCUCCUGCUGCUGCCAUGCCACCGGAGCACAAUUUCUGUUGUCAUCCUGAAGCAAAGUUCUUAACCUGAAGCACUAUUUCUGGCUUAGCAGAGUCUGUAACCUGAAGCGUAUGUAACCUGAAGUGUAUGUAACCCGAGGUACCACUGUAUAUGUAUUCAUGACUUACCGGGGGAGUUACUUAUCAGGGAGAUUCAAAAGAACAUUGAAAACUUAAGCAUAACAUCCCUUACUAUUUUGGUUUUCGUUGUUAUUAACUUCCCUAAUUCAGAGUUGUUAUUGUACAUCAGAUCAGUAGCCUUCUGACUAAAGUUUUUUUCCAAUGCAGAUUCACAAACCUUUGUUCAUGGAAGUUUGGAUAAAAUAUCUCGACGGACAAUGCUCGCUGUUGUUGACUUCUUAAGACGGCAAAAGAGGUGGAUGAAGUUCCUGUGUUAGCAUUUAUGUUAUUGUACUUUAAUUUUACAACAGAGGUCUAUUUAGACAUUGAAGGGAGGGCUCUCAGAUGUCUUUGUUAUUUUUGCACUCACAGUGAUUUGUUCUCAUGAUGAUAUGGGAUGGUUACACAUGUUGCCUCUUUCAAUACUGUUUGUGUCUUCAAACAUUUGGGGGCGGUGGCACUGUUUCAUUUCCAAACAGUAAAUGUCCCCUUUUUGUCACAAGAGUUCCACUCCAAAUGGCAAUAAUGCCGUAACGUUAGGUUACUGUCAGGGAACUUCCAUCAGUGCCGGAGGGAGGGAGAGAGCUCCAGAGGGAUCCCAGAGAGCGUCACGGGAUUGGGAGAGGCAGCCUAUCUUCUGAGGAAGGGAAUCAGCUCAGCUCCAGUGGAGAAGGGGGGCAGAUGGGGGAAUCUGAGAGGGAGUCACAUGACUCCUUGCCUGGGACCAGUGGGGGGAGGAAGGGUCCUCCGCUGCCUACGCCUUCCUUGCGCAGAAGGCUUCCGCGCAGGGAAAGUAGGAGGCGACUGGACGUGAAAGAACUUCUUUGCUGGAAGAAGUUUAAGAAACGCCCACUGACGGAUUCUGCCAGCGAUUGAGACAGCCACGGGUGAGUGGCUGUCCGGACAGAAAAGGUUCACUUAGGCAACCCAGCCAGGUGUGGGCACCGGCUUACGCACGAGCAACCCCUUGAACCACUACAGUUACCAUUUUAGAACAACUAAUAAAGCAGAAUAUUGUGUGGGUGGUCCAUUAUAAAUCCACCACUAAUGCAUAAUUUUUGUGUCAAAGUUUUGUUGCAAAGUAUACCUGCAAAAAAACCAAACCCCACCAGGUUUACCAAAGGGCCUGGGCCCUUCCAGUCAAUUGCAUUUACAAGACCUGUUAUAUAUUGUUAUCUGUUUAGAAGACCUGUUUCAAUCGUCAAUAACAAAACAGCCAUUGAAAGUGGCUUUGUAUGUAGCCCAGAAUUGUGUUUGUCAAUUAAGUUGAAGCAACUUCUAAAAUCUUUCUAAGGAUGUCAAAUAAUUCUGUGUUAUUUCUUAAAGCAACAACUGUUAUAGUCCUGACAAAAUAAUAAUGGGGGAUAGGUUAUAGAUUUAUAGAACAUGUGCUGCUUUCAGUUUAAAGCCGUUUUAUAAAGUGAGAUGAAUGCACUUGUGCUUAAUAUUUUGUUCAGGAGUCCUUCAAGUACAGUCUUCAGUGACAGCUUUUGGCUGGAACUCGACUACCUUCAGGUUGCCAUGGCAGCUCAGUCUUGUGCUGCUCACUUCACAGCUUUGCUCUACACAGAAAUCUAUGCAGACAAGAUAAAUUCAGACAAACAGCAAGCAAGGUACUAGUGUUAAAUACAGCCUAUUCUCAUUUAUGUUAAACUAAAAUACAUUGAUAUACGUGCAUGUGGGAUGAGUCUGAUUCAAAGGAUUCUCCUCUUGGAUAAAUUGCACUGGUUAUUUUGUUUCAGCAUGAGUUCCUCAUGCUAAAAAUCAAUACUGCUUUCAAACAAAAUCCAUUAACUUCCACCAACCAGAUGGUUUUGUCUCAUUGGCUUUAGUAAAGUCCAUCCCUGCCUUAAUCUAGAGACUAUCUCAGUGGCAAGUGGCAGUGUGCCAUGUCUUGGUUUGUUGAAAUUCUGUGGGUUUUGUAGUUUAAAUAAAAUGAAAACAACACAGUUUUGUUAAGGGGAGACCUUUGUUGCCUCCCAAAGCACCUACUUAUAGUUAUCCAAUUUUCCAUUUAAGGAGUUGAUUGAACAGGUCUGACCAAGGAAAUGGACUCAGCUUAGUUAAGUAACAGAGUAUCUCUAGGACCUAUUCACGGCUUAGAUUUACCGGUAUAUCUUGUCAUUUUAAAAGAAUUCAUAUCCAACUUGAAGAACAAUUUUUAAACUUGUUUUCUGCAGGUCUACUUUCAAAGCAGCUAAGCAGCUAAUAUUUGAGGAAGGAAGUCAGAAUUUAACACUAACUUCUUUGAGCAAGAAGAGCAAAGAGGAAACUGGAAUAAGUUUGCAGGUAUGGUACAUCUUGUUUUUGAGAAUAUUUCAACUAGUUCACUCAUAGAUAGGUUUCUAAGAUUUCUAACAAGUAAGUUAUGGUUACCAGGCAACUUGACAAUUGUGUGGCCCCACUAGCCUCCAUAAACUAUACUGUUGACUUAAAAUACUGUGUCGACUUCUAUUUGAAAGUGCGGUGUUGGGCUGCAUUGCCAUUCGCUUCACAGAUAUUGCUUUUUCUGGGAUGGGAGCUGAGGCUGUAUUUUAACUUUCAGCUUCAUGUAUGAUGCAGCUUGCUUUUGGCCUUAUUUAUCCAGUAUGAUAGUAAAAUACAACUAGGAUCCAAAAGGGUAUUUAGGUGCUCUCAGUGAAAUUUUGGGCUUUAGUUACUUGAGCAGCAGGCCCAAGCUGCUUUUGAUUCUUAGACUGGUGUGUGGUUGUGGGUCCAGGAUGAAUUGGGAGACACAGCCCAUCCGUGGAUGUCUCACUAAGGCAGCCUAGAAGGUCCAUUCAUGGUAAAUGAACCAAUGUUCCAAUACCCAUCCAUUUCAAAAGUAAAUUGCUAUGUGUCAUGUGUUGUUGCUAUUCAAUAGAUAUGAGCCUUAUGAGUUUCAUGGUUCUCUAGCUCCUGGCCUCUAUGUAUUUUGUGUAAAGGAAAACAUAUUAAUGUCUCUGAGCAUAGCCCACAGGGCUUUCUGUUUGGAUGUGGGAGGUCUAUCAAAGUGUGCUAAAAGUUUAUAACAGAGGCAAAGACAAGUAUUGGUCAGAUGUAACAUAUUCCAUAGAAGAUUGCAAUAUUUUUUGUUCUGUAGGAUGGAAGAAUGUCAAGUAACUAUUUUCACUUGUACCUAGGACCUUCUCAUGGAAAUAUACAAAAGCAUAGGAGAACCCGAUAGUCUCUAUGGCUGUGGUGGUGGAAGAAUGUUGCAGCCUUUAACUAGGUAAUAAUUUUAUUGGGGAAAUUAGCAAUUUUAACUGAAGGCAAAGUGUUAUCAGUUUUACUAUUAUUCUCUUAUCCGUGAUAGGAUAAGAACAUAUGAGCAUGAAGCAAGAUGGGAGAAAGCCCUAGUAACCUAUGACCUUGAAACGACUCUUCCACCAUCAACUCGGCAGGCAGGAAUAAUAGAGGUAAUUUUUAAAGCAAUGCAUAUCUCCCCCCCUUCCCCCCCAAAUGCUCACAUUCACAGGGGUAGUCAGUAUGGUCCCCCCAGAUGUUAGAUGACAAUGUCCAUAAUUUUGACUGUAACAGUUUAAUUCUGUAAAAAAAAAAAAAAUCUAAUAUUAUGCUUUGACCUUGAACAUGGUAGCCUGAAGUCCUACUAGGACUAGAAGUAAGUGGGACUUGGGUGUAGUAAAAAUGCUUCACUACCAGUGUUGGAAAGCAUUUUCAGAAAUCUGCUCAUUUUCAUGUUAACUUUUUUAUCUCACUGAUCGGCAGGCCUUGCAGAAUUUUGGGCUGUGUGACACACUCUCCAUCUACCUUAAAGGACUGGAACAAGAGAACAAAGAAUGUUCUAUGGAAUUGCAAGAGAUUCGUUAUCAGGCAGCUUGGAGGAACAUGCAAUGGGAUCAAAUCUCUUCCGUCAAGUAAUGCAAACUAUCACUUUUCAGAUGUAAUAUUUUUAAAUGUUUGUCCCUUACCUAAAACUGCUACGAAGGGAGCCUUAGUAGCAGUUGAUAAGCUGAUAAAGGAUUACUGUUAUAAAGGACAGUUUAAUAAAGUGUUUGCAUUCAAAUAGAAAUUUUGUUAAUUCUCUUUUAAGAGAUGAAAUUGGAGGACAAGGCUACCAUGAAUCAUUGUAUGAUGCUCUACAGUGUUUAAGGGACAAUGAAUUCUCUACUUUUUAUGAAAGACUGAAGUGUGCCAGGUAAGUAGCAAGCUUUGCAUACAGGUGUCUGUGUAUGUUAUUAACAACAACAAAAAUGCCAAUAAACUGUAGCUUUCCUAACACAUUGCAGUUUAUGUUAUAAGAGAUGUAUACAUCAGUGCUUCAUUUGUGUAAAAUGUAUGCAGCUUCCAUGGAUUUUAAUGCAAUUUAUGUAAGGCAUAACAUAGCGAUUUGAAACUUUUGAAAGAAGUGCAUUUUGAAGAUUAGAGAUAAGGCUUAAGCAGAUAAGAAGGUUGGAUGCUGCAAAGGAGCUACUUGCCUUUUUACAUGUAGUGUGAUAUGCCCCUUAUUUUGUAGAUCAGAAAAUUCUCUUAUCUUUUGAUGGAGUCAAGACAUUUUUUAAUUGUAGGCAUGUGUUACAGUCAGAUUUAUUUUCAGUUGAAGUUGUAUGUAAUGCCUGUUUCUAUUAAGUGCUGCUUGACAAGAUAUCCUUUCUGACUUCUGCUCACUGUGUAGUGGGAUUUGAAAUUGCUUUGGCAGGUAUCAGAAGUUACAAUGAUCUUUUUCUUAUAUUUGCAGAGUCAAGGAAGUAGAAGAGCUGUCUAAAGGCAGCCUUGAGUCUGUAUAUUCAUUGCUGCCUACACUCUGCAGACUGCAGACCAUUGGAGAGUUGGAAUGCAUAGGACAACUUUUCUCUGGGUACUUUUCUUUUCCAACCAAUGCUUUACUUUUUCCUUCCUUAUGACCCUGGAUGUAUUUACACAUUUCACCCAUGGAAAUUAAUUUUUUCCUAUGGGGUAAUCAGAAUCUGCAUUCCUUCACUGCAAACCUAAUUUGCAUGCAUAAAGUCCCAGCUUACAUCCCUGGGAUCUCCAGUUAGGGCUGGGAGAAACACCAGUGUGAAAUCCCAAAGAGCCACUGCAAGCCAGUGUAGACAAUACUGGACUAAAUAGACCCAGUGAUCUGACUCAACGUGAAGCAGCUUUAUUAAAAUUUAGUCAGAAUUCCUCACACACUUCCAUAUGCUUUCUUUUUUCAGAUCUUUUACUGCCAGCCAGCUGAAUUGUACGUAUCUGAAGUGGCAGAAACAGUCCCAGCUUCUCCAAGACAGCGACUUUAGUUUUCAGGAACCUAUCAUGGCUCUCCGCACAGUAAUUCUGAAGAUCCUUCUGGAGAAGGAAACUGAGAAUGCCAAAAGGGAAUGCAUCAAAGACAUCCUCACAAAACACCUGGUGGAGCUGUCCAGAUUGGCUCGAGUGGCAAAAAACACACAGGUAAAUAAAUCCUUAAAAUUCAGUCUAGAUGUUCUCCCUUUGCUAUAUUAAGUAUAGAUUGAUGUUAUUAUUUUUAAAGAGGUACUCCAGGGCUUCUCCAAGAUGUAUUAGGAAAUUAUAAUUCUCUAGUCUUGUUACCACGCUGUUGUUGUUUAGUCGUUUAGUCGUGUCUGACUCUUCGUGACCCCAUGAACCAGAGCACGCCAGGCACUCCUGUCUUCCACUGCCUCCCGCAGUUUGGUCAGACUCAUGUUUGUAGCUUCGAGAACACACUACUUGUGUCCUAUAGUCACAUUUGCUAGCCUGGAAACAAACAAAAAAAUAUUUAAAUGUGAAAGUCAAGCCAUUGUAUUUUGGCAAGUGCAUUUUCUCAUUUUCUGCAGUAUGCCUGAUUGGCAAUUAGGCACCUUAACAAGACUAAGAGCUAUGGAGCAGCAGCAUGAGAUAGUCACCUUCUUGAAUUCCCCAAAAGAAGUGCAUAAUUUUGUUGUUGUUAUUGCAUCAGUUGCAAAUUCUCUUUCCUUUUUUGGUAGUUUAAAACUUUCUAGUGGAUCAAUAAGUUGUCCUUUCUGUGAAAUAAUAUAGCAUACAAUUAUAGGCCUGAAUAUAUUUCUAUUUACUCAAAGCUGGACACCACUUGCACAUGCCCACAGGUUCCUAUUCUGGAUUAAUUCACCUAAAUAGCUUCCAGCCUUAGUGUGUUAUUCAUUAAUUGUGCUGUACAGAUUGAAAGUAUAUUUAGGAGUGAAAGUGAGUGGAAAUCAUUCCAUUUAUCAUUCUAUAGCCCCUCUGGUUAUGAGGCGUAAAAGGGAAGGUUCAAAAUAUACUAAUCUGUGAUCAGUGAUUUGCAGUACACUGUUUCUGGUGUAAGAAUUUGAGCACAACCAUAAAUUCACUACGUGAGCCAUAAAAUUAAUAGAUCCUUUAAGGCUAAAUACUGUUAUCUUGGGCUCAGUCUUCCAUAUGCAAUUAUUUGAUUAAUAGUACUAGAUCUAGAUUCCCCUGUACUCUGAUGCCAUAUCUUAAAUUGCAGCCAUAUAAUGUAGGACAAACUAUUUGUGGCUUAUAAGUGGUACAGAUUUUAACAUGGGUGUAAAGGAAAUGAAUUUUCAUUUCAUUCCAGCAAUAGGAUUUGCAUACUGAAUCAUUCUUGGAAGAUUUAAGUACAUGAACAUGCAAUUAGAUCAGGGAUGGGAUGUAAUUGUAACAAGGUACAAUUGGUAUCAGAUUUCACUGGAUUCUAGAAAUAUGAAGAAAUAGAUGAUAUCUCAAAACUUAAGAUAAAUUUUUUUUGCUUCAUUUUGUUUUCCAGCUUCCAGAAAGAGCAGUGUUUCAAAUCAAACAGUUCAGUCCGGCUGGACAUGGGGUAUGUGUGUGGCAGCUGGAGGAAGCACAAGUGUUCUGGGCUAAAAAGGAAGAAAGCUUAGCGCUGAGUAUCCUAAAGGAGAUGAUUAAGAAACUGGAUGAAGAUGACAUGGUACAUUUUGUCCUAUGUCAGCUUGACAGUAGCAGCGUUGUUUAAAUUCCUGUUUUGCUUUGAAGAAACACAAGGGCAACAUAUGUGACAUACUUGUAUUUGUGAAGGGCCAAAACAUAUGAAGAAAACCUUAACUGAAAGGGGAAUUCAAAAUAAAAGAGUGCUUGGGGAGAGGUCACUUUAUAUACAAGUGAGUAUGUCUGACCUGCAUGAUUAUAUUCUUCUAAGGUUAAAGAAGACCCAAGCCUGCGACUGAUUUACACAGAAUGUCUGAGGUUGUGUGGAAGCUGGUUAGCAGAGACAUGCUUAGAAAACCCGACAGUCAUUAUGCAGAAUUACUUGGAAAAGGUAAACAACUUCUGCAAAUAUUUUUGAAACCUUAUUUGCGUGCUUACUCAUUAAAUGGUGGUUGUUUAAUGGCCAGGCUGUUGUUUUAUCGUUUUUAUAACAUUUGGUUCUAGGCAGUAAAAGCUGUUGGGAGCCAAAACGAUGAUAGUAGCACCGAACUCAAAAGUGGAAAGAUGAAGGCUUUUCUGUCCCUUGCUCGUUUUUCGGACACUCAGUAUCAAAGAAUUGAGAACUACAUGAAAUCAUCAGAGUUUGAAAACAAGCAAGCUUUGUUGAGGAAGGCCAAGGAAGAAGUUGGCCUCUUAAAGCAGCACAAAGUUCCUACAAACAGGUAGGCCUCUCUAACUGAGGUAUGUUAUGCCACCAAUUCGUAGUAAGUAAGUUAAGGCAGGUCUGUCAGCUGGUUGGGGUUCAUUUAGCUAUAUUUUGGCAUGUAUAUUCUUGGGAACGGUGAGCAUGUUCUUAGUAAUGAACCAUUAUCUUAGGAGUUUUCCUGCUUCUGCCAUUUUAUUGUGUAAACCAAUAGAAGUAAUCAUUGGGUCAGGUACUGAGAAUGAGGAGAACCCAGGCUCUCUCUUUUUUAUAAAGUCAGUGUCUGUCAGCAUAUAAGUAAAUGAAUUUUAGAUUUGUAGUCUUAUUUCUAAAUUUCUGUUGUUAAGAUACACAGUCAGAGUUCAGCGGGAACUACAACUUGAUGAAGGUGCAAUUCGCGCACUGAGAGAGGAUCGCAAACGUUUCUUAUGCAAAGCUGUUGAGAACUACAUUAACUGUUUACUGAGUGGGGAAGAGCAUGACAUGUGGAUCUUUCGACUCUGUUCUCUCUGGCUUGAGAACUCUGGUGUUUAUGAAGUCAAUGUGAUGAUUCAGGUUAGUCUCACCGUAACUUUACUGCAUCUGUGUAUACAAAGAUACAACUUUAAUACAUCUGUGUAUACAUUCCCUCUUUGUAGUGAAGUAAAAUAUAAGGUUGGGGAGCAAAUUGCACUGGAUGUCUAUGCGUGGGUGCAUUUUUCCACAUGUAAAAUCUAAAACAUUUAAGUCUCAGAUCGUGUGGGUUAUCAGUUGUACAGUUCAUACGCAUGUACCUUGGAUUUUACAUGAUUAGGCCCUGUGCAUACCUGUUCCAUACAGACAUAUCUAGCAGGCGCCGAGGCGAGUGAGUGGAAAGUUUUCUUGUUUUCCCAGCUUACGUAGCCUCUAUUCACAGGGAAGUUCCUCUGAACCCAGACCAUUGUAGCUUGCAUACUCUCGCUUUCUCCCCCACCCACCACAGUCAGUACUCUGGGUUCUCGGAGUAGGUGCAACAUGUAGUGAAUCAACCCACCAUCAGUCUCUCUUUGAAGUAGUAUCUUUCAUUACUACUUUCUGCUUCUUGUCCCCAGAGUCCUCUUCUACCUUAUCAUUCCUUACUUAUGUCAGGAUUUUUAUAAAUAACAGGAGUAAUGUAAUGGAUACACCACAAAACUACCUAAUCUAGUGGCUUCAUCGUCCACUGUAAUAAAUACAUAGGAAUUGAGGUUCCUCACAGUCACAAUCCAUGCAAAAUACUGCCAGGCAGUGGCCUUGUUCAGACAAUCAGUUCAGGCUUGAUGGUUUGUUUGUGAAAAUGCAAACAGGCAUCAGAGCCAAGCCCUCCUCUCCUCCUCCCUGGUUUAUUUUCCUAGUUUCUUAACUGACAUUAAGUCAGAAUUCCCCGGUUUAGAUGUAACAAGGAACUUUGGCUUAAUAUACGCCAAAAUCUUUGUGCCAAAGCCAGUUCACAAUGAGGGGAUGAAGAAGCACUCUGUCCUGACUCUCUGGCGUCAUAAACAGUGCUUGCAUCUUAAAAUACUAUAGAUUAUUCCCCAGCUUGUACAGUACUGUCUUGUAAAACCUGGCGAGAAAAUGUGUGAGAAAUGGAUGAUAAAAGUGCUGCUGUGAAAAAGAAUGUCUUGCACUGAUAGCAAGUAGAAAAAAAUAUUGUGAUGUACUGAUAUCUGAGCAUACAUGCAAUUUGUAUUAUAUUAUUAAGCAGUCUCACCUUCUACUUUUGUUUGCUGAUUUUAUUUUAACAGAAGGAGGCAAAGAAAAUACCCUCUUACAAAUUCUUGCCACUGAUGUAUCAACUAGCUGCUCGAAUGGAAAGCAAGGCAGAAGGAUUUCAUCAGAUUCUGAUUAAUGUAAUUGAUCUUCAACCAUGAUACCCUGUAUUCAUUUAACACGCAAAUACAAAACAAACACAGAAACAAAAUACAAAAACCAACUUUAUUUGCAUGUAGAUAGUUUGGGUGUUAAGGAUUUUACAGUGUUGCAAUGUUAGAUUUUAGCUAUUUCAUUUUUUGCAGCCAGUUUUGCAGCCCAGAAAUGGACUACUGUAUAACAAAACGAAACUUCCUGAUUCCUUCCUUCUGAUCAUUGAGCUUUGUGCCAUCUCUUCCCAUCCCCAGCUCCUCUGUCCUUUGUCCAGCUUUUCCCUUCUUCUCUGUAAUUGCUCAUGGCUCCCUGGUCUCAUACACCUUUGCCCAGCAUUGGAGAAAAAUAAAAUAAAAUGUCCCUGCCUAGUGCCGCAUGGUCAAGGAGCCUGAGGACACGCAUGUGCAGUCCUCAGUAACUAGUUCAGAGGUUUUGUCCCUUUGACAGGGCUGAAUUUUUCCUGCAUCCAGGAACUAGUUUGGCACCCACACAGCCUCUCCUUAUUCAGAUGUUAUGUAGAAAUAGAGCUGAGUUUCAGUGUAUUAAUGGCACGUUGCCCCCAAUACUCUUAAUGCCAACCGCCAGUAGCUUUAUAUAGAUAUUAAAUAGCAUUGGGGAUAUCUGCAAGGGGGGCAAAAGCACUGUCCCAUUGCUGGAUUUUGUCUCAUAGGUAGGACUGGAAUCUAUAGCACUGGCCUCCCAAUUACCAUUCCAUUUUAUUUCUUUAUUUUAUAUACCACCCUUUAUUUGAGGGUCAGAGGGUAGUUUAAAGGCAAAAAUGUAUGGAGGCAGUCUAGAAGGAGACCAUGGUCAGUGGUACUGAAAGCUGCAGAGAAGAGAGAUUUUUUAAAAACAGCAGUAAAGUCACAUUCCCUCUAUCCUACUCUCUGUAGGUCAUCCAUUAGGGCCUGCAAGAACAAUUCUGCCCCAUGGCCAGGCUUCAACCCAGAUUAAUUCAUUGAAGCUCAUUCACAUAGUGCUGAAACGUGGUUUAUUGUCGCAUUCAAAUAGAAAUAGCAUUUGAAAUAUGAAGUUCAGUACAGAAAUAUGAAAUAUGAAGUCCAGUAUAGAACUGAAUCAUUAAGCAUUGCUGCUGAACCUUUGAUGCUUGCUUUAAUAUGCAGAUCACAGAGUAAGAAUGCUAGUUGUAUAACUUUUCUUUAAAUAAAUAUAUUUCUUAACAGCUUAUAGCUAGAAUUUCUCUGGACCAUCCACAUCACACUUUGUUUAUAAUCUUGGCAUUGGUGAAUGCCAACAAGGAUGAACUCUUCGCAAAGCCGGAAGCAGCAAGCAGCAGGCAAACAAAAAACACACCAAAAGAAACUUCUCAACUUGACAAGGUACUUUCAUUCACCUGCUUCUGGGGUGCUUUAGGCUGGGGGAGCGGGAAGUGUCUUGUGUUUGCAUGGACAGUAUUGUAGCUGGGGCCUGUUUUUCAUAAUGUCAGGGCUGCAGUAAAGUUACCCACCAGCAGUUGGCCCAGUUUCCUAAUGCUUCCUUUGUUGUCAGAGCUCUGAAUUGUUUUAAUCUAAAGUAGAUUGUAGAUUGUAAUCUAAAGUAGAUUGCAGAUUGGCGUGCCUGGCGUGCUCUGGUCCAUGGGGUCACGAAGAGUCGGAUACGACUAAACAACAACAGAUUGUAAGUAAAACACUCGCUUUUACCAGUAUUCUUUUUUCAACCGAUAGGAACGGAUGGAAGCUGCUAGCAAUAUAAUUAGCAUCAUCAAGCAUGAAAGAGCUGAUAUGGUGGCAAAUGUCGAAGCCCUCUGCAAUGCUUAUAUCACUUUAGCAAACAUGGACGCAACUCCCUGGAAGUCAGAGAGAAGUAAGAAUAUGGAAAAUGGGGAUAAUUGCGGUGGGAGUUGAAAAUCAACAAUAAUCCUUCAGUUUCAUACUGUGUAAUAAAUAGCUGAAAAAUAUUGUUUUGCUUCUCCAGGAUGUUUUGUUGAGAGUAAAUUAACUGUGCAAUUUAUAUUCUAUACAGUGGUACCUUGGGUUAAGUACUUAAUUCGUUCCGGAGGUCCGUUCUUAACCUAAAACUGUUCUUAACCUGAAGCACCACUUUAGCUAAUGGGGCCUCCCGCUGUCGCCACGCUGCCGCCGUGCGAUUUAUUUUAUCAUCCUGAAGCAAAGUUCUUAACCUGAGGUACUAUUUCUGGGUUAGCAGAGUCUGUAAUCUAAAGCGUAUGUAACCCGAGGUACCACUGUAAUGAUAUUUGUUAGCCAGUGAACUGUAUCCAAUUUGUGCAGGUAUCUGUAACAGCCUUUGCCACAGAGCAAAUUGGCAGUACUCUGGUUAUUUUGGUAUUUGGGCACGGGCCAAUUUACAAUGUAAUAUUUAUAGUACAAUUAGAUAUAUUAAAAAGAGUUAAAAUAGUAGAGAAGGUCUGAUACACAGUGGAAAGGCAAAGGGGUAGAUGGCACCACACUAGAAAAUCUAGAAUAAUUUCUGUAAUAUCAGAGACAUGUUAGAAAGUUUCAUCAUUGUUUGAAGUCCAGUGUGCAGGAGUUCAUAUAGCAACAAAUGUUAGUAAUGGCAUUUAAGGUAAUUUGUGUGUUGUUUAUGCAGGAGGCAUAAAUAUCCCUUCUGAUCAACCUAUCACCAAGCUAAAGAAUCUAGAUGAUGUUGUUGUACCCACCAUGGAAAUCAAGGUAAAUGAAACUGGUUUAUCUCAGUAAUAAUCCUUACAUAGUCAUAUUAGCGGGGAUUACAAUGGUACCUCGGGUUAAGUACUUAAUUCGUUCUGGAGGUCUGUUCUUAACCUGAACUGUUCUUAACCUGAGGUACCACUUUAGCUAAUGGGGCCUCCCGCUGCUGCCGCACCGCCGGAGCAAGAUUUAUGUUCUCAUCCUGAAGCAAAGUUCUUAACCUGAGGUACUAUUUCUGGGUUAGCGGAGUCUGUAACCUGCACAUGUUUCAUUCUAGCAGACAGAGAAAUGGCUAUCAGUACUGUAGUGAACAUGUAAUAUUGUGGUGAACAUGAUACAGCAGCGCCUAAAUGUAUUUAUGAUUUUAGGUGGAUCCAAGUGGGAAGUAUGAAAAUUUGGUUACAAUAAGGUCAUUCAAGCCAGAAUUUCGCUUAGCAGGAGGCCUUAAUCUACCAAAAAUAAUAGACUGUGUUGGAUCAGAUGGGAAAGAGAGGAGGCAACUUGUCAAGGUAAGUUCUGUGUGUUGCACGUGCUAGAGAGGUGUCUUUUUUGAUUUAAAAACCAUGAGACUUGUAAAUUGAAUGUAGAAUAUUGGGUUUUUAACUUAUGCCAUGUUCUGUGGUGUGAACCUUGCCUUUGGUGGAAGUUGAUACGUUUUAUUUCUCUGUAUUGAAAAUACUGAGCUGCUGUAAAGUAAAACCGUGGGAAAUUUAUAAGCGCCUGAUGCAGGGAUGAAUGGAAGUACGUUCUUACACAUUUCUAAAUAUAUAUUUACUUAUUUACUAAAUGUACAAUGUAUUUCAAAACUUCUGAGUGAUCCCAGAAGACAAAGUAUAAAGUGACAGUUUGUACUGGAUACAAUUGUCUGGAUACUUUUCCUGUUGCUUAAGUCUACAGUACUUUGCAUACUUGUUUUGAAUAAAAGUUUCCCUCACUUCCAAAUAAAUAUAAAUAACAUAAAGUUGUUGUAGUGUUCAGCAGAUGCCAUUUCUAUACCAUUGCCUUUUUUGUAUCUCUUAAAGGGCCGUGAUGACCUGAGACAGGAUGCUGUCAUGCAGCAGGUUUUCCAGAUGUGCAAUGCUCUGCUUCAGCAAAAUACUGAAACCAGAAAGAGAAAAUUGACUAUCCGCAGAUAUAAGGCAAGUUUUGCUCUUGUUCCAUCAAAGUAGCCUGUUGCAGACAUGAUGUGGGUUCAUCAGCCAAAGAAGCUUCCUUUAUAUAGGCUCUGAUAAUUACUGAAUUUAGCUCUGAAAGUGGCACUUAGGACUUACUACUCGAGAUCUUUUAAGCUGGAGGUGACAGGAAUUGAAUCUAGGACCUUCUACAUGCACCUCACAUGCUCUGCCACUGAGCGCCCAUCUUUCAUCUCCAACAUAAAAAAAUUGUUUUAUAUCAAGACAGAACAUUGCUUCAUCUAGCUCAGUAUGGCAGUGACUCUCUAGGGACUCGGGCAAAGUUUUUCCACAGCAGCUACUACCUGAGAUUCUGCUGAAUGUUGGAGCUUCUGCACACAAACCUUGUUGCUCUCACAACAUCUCCUCUCCUUGCCAAACUAGUUUGAAAACUGGGAGCUAGUGUUAUAAAUACAUGUGUGCGCUCUCUCUCUCUCUCUCGGGAUUUUAUUUCACUUUCCACAGGGCAUUUUCCAAUGUAAACUAGAGAUUGUACCCAUGAUUCCAAAAUGGGUUUUCAAACUAAGGUUACAAAGGAAUCUGAUUUGAAUUAGCACUGGUUAAUCAUGACAGCUAAUACGUCUGCUUAUUCCUUAAGGUGGUUCCCCUUUCACAGAGAAGCGGUGUCUUAGAGUGGUGUACAGGAACGAUUCCUCUGGGUGAAUUCCUCAUCAAUACUGACAGCAGUGCUCACAAACGAUAUAGGCCAAAGGACUAUAGUAGCGUAGAUUGCCAAAGGAAAAUGAUGGUGAGUCAGAAGCAAAUCCUUCCCAAGCAUGAUCUGCUGUGUCUAGCGGUAUAUUCCUUAUUUUUGAUUAAGGCUAUGAACACUCACCACAAAAUCAUCUGUUCUCAUCACACCCACCCAUACAAUCUGUUUUGAUGUGUUCACAUCUGUAAGAAGUCAAAUCCCACACUUUCCCCAAUAACCUUUCAUCGUGAAUGGGGAGUGGGUCUGCCAGUGAAAGGCUAUUGGCAGCUUCACAGCUGCCACAAGAAAGAGGAUAAAAUUAUUACAGGAUUUUAUGGCCUAGCUACGUCACAGCACAUUUCACCAGGUCUUUUGUCUACUUCGCUUUAUUUGUUUAUUUAUCAAAUUUGUAUACCGCCCUUCAACAUAAAUAAAAAAGCACAAAAUACAUUUUAAGAAAUCAAAAACAAAACACCCACAAACCAGUAACUGCCCUCCCAAACACUUUCCGCUAAUGCCCCACUGUCCAAAAUUUGCAGGACAGCCACUUGGAAGUCUCCAUCUACCUUCACCAAAACUACAGGUUAGAUACUUUAGGUUCAACAGAAGCAACUUUUGACAGGAGAAUUCUACAGAUUCUAUCCUCCUUCUAUAUUCCAGGUCUGGCACUACCCACCCUACAUGACCUAGCUAGAUAGAGAGCAUCCCAUCCAUGGGUCGUAUCCUCCUUAAUGCCAUCCAGAGAAAGGAAGCUUGGGUACUUUAUGUGAAAGGGGUGAAAGAGACUUUUCCCUGGUGCCAGCAUUCAACCUUCAUACACAUACACUCGAAAGACAGCCAGAGCUUCAAUUUUCUUAGUCUGUAUCGGACCUUGUUCCAAGGGACUGACUUCGGUUUCACAAGCCUAGACCCCUACAUUAGGGGACAUUUCAACUCCUCAGAUCUUUCUAUACUCGCUUGAGCGUAGAUCUUCAGAAGCUUAUCACAUAGUUGCAUGUGCCUCUCCUGGUGGAAGAAGGGCUUCACCCAUUCAUGGAUGGAUCCCCCAUUCAUUCCUCCAGAGGAAGUGCAUUCAUAGUAAACCAUCCAGGCUUCCCUUCUCCCAUUGUCAGUUCAGGUGAGAGAUAAUAUCUGACCCAGAGUUAACUGGUGAACUUUAUAGGUUAGGCAGGGAUUUGAGCCUUUAUCUCCCCCACCCUUAAGCCAGCACACUGUCCACUUUGCUACACUUCACUUCAGUUUUGCCCAAUGGUUGCACAUCUAUUGGUAUUUUGAAGGGCAGGUGUUUCAUAAAUGUUAUGUGUUGUGUUCUCACUGCAAAUAUAGCUGUACAUAAGCAACAAAAGUAUUUUUCACACCCAUCUUUAAAUUGUUUAUGGUUUACUUUGAAGGAGACCCAAAGGAAAAAUCCUGAGGAGAAAUAUAACGUCUUUAUGGAUGUAUGUCAGAAUUUUCAACCUGUAUUUCGUUAUUUCUGCAUGGAAAAAUUUCUUGAUCCAGCAGUAUGGUUUGAGAAACGGCUGGCAUAUACUCGCAGUGUUGCUACUUCAUCAAUAGGUACUGUAAAAAUAGGGCUGGUUUUUUGCACACUUCAAUAAUAAUUUUCUAACUAUAAAGACAAAUUGAAAAUAGUGUUUUGUUUCAACAAGAGCUAAAGGUCUUAAUCUAUUUAAUAACUAAAAUGUAAUGACUCUUGCUGUUUUGUCCUCCUCUUCCAAGGUGCUCCAUGAGCUUUAGUUGAUAGUACAUAGAUUUUGAUCACAGGGGACAAGUUUUAAUUGUUGGGGCUGAUAGUUUUGGCGCAGUUAGAGGGCUGCUUUCUUUUCUAUAGGUAUUUUCAUUCAGGUGUAUAGCUGACUGGGAAUGAAAUGCCAAUGUUACUCGUUUCUUUGUUGACUUAACUGUGAAUCACCUCCCACUUGUUUUGGCAUCUUCAAAAUGCACCCAUGUGUGAAAGUUUACUGAGAUUUAAUCUAUUUAAUAAUUAAAAAGUAAACUAUCAUUAAAAAUGGUAUGGUUUAUGCUGCCCAAAAGUGUACAGUAGCUGCUUUAAAUAUAAGAUGGCAGCAUGAGUGUACUGGCACUGUGACAUAGCACUACAUGGGAUUAAUUUAUUUUGUGAAUGGGAGAAAGAGAGGGAGCCGCACUCAGGUGUAUUUUCUAUCCUUAGGCAUGUUCCCAAGCAUUUCAAUCCUCCCACCAGUUCUUUGUUCCUCUUGAAAAACCAUUGCUGAAGAUUAGGGGACCUUCCAGAGUAGCACUUAAUGCAACAUGGUAGACUGUGGUUGGAAAAGGAGAAUAGACCUUCUCAGAACCUUACAAGCAAGGAAAACCUGUUGGGCGGGGAAUAAAUAAAUGGAGAGAGAAGCUGUGAGUUAUAUGUAUAAAGGGGAAAAAUGAAAUGUAGGCAAGGGCUUCUGGGUUCAUUUUGAGACUUCCUUCUUUCAGUUGGCUACAUACUUGGUCUUGGAGACAGACAUGUACAGAAUAUUCUGUUAGAUGAGCAAAGCGCAGAACUCGUGCACAUUGAUCUAGGUAUGUAUAAACACAAGGGAUCAUAUAUUAUUAUUUUGUGUAUAUAUAACCCUUUUAAAAACGUUGCAUUUCUCUUUUCCUCUGCCAGGUGUUGCUUUUGAGCAGGGCAAAAUCCUUCCUACCCCAGAGAUCAUACCUUUCAGGCUAACAAGAGAUAUAGUGGAUGGAAUGGGCAUCACUGGUGUAGAAGGAGUCUUCAGGAGGUAUAGUAUAUAACUGCAGUUGCUUCUUAAGCAUUUCACUGUUAAAGUUACAAUAGAAUUCCACCAGCUCAGCUUUUUGAACAAGCUUGUAGUGUAAACCAGUGAAAACCAUGUUCGUUACAUUUUUAUUUUUGGUCUAAUGAGACCCAGUAAGAAACACUGCCAUUAGUUAUAAAAAACAAAAUGCUGUUGUGUAUUGAAACUAUUAGUGGAAAAUAAUUUAGAAAACUGUUCUGAAAAUAUCUUCUAGAUGCUGUGAAAAAACUAUGGUGGUUAUGAGAAAUUCCCAAGAAGCUUUGCUUACUAUUGUAGAGGUAAGCCUUUUUUUGGUGGCUGUCGAUGAAAAGCUGAAAGGUAUUGGUUGUAUUUAAAAACUUUCAUAAACUUCUUUGGCAUUUAAACUGUGGCAGCUCCUAGUGCAAAAGUUUGCUUCAACAUUCUAAACUGUUAGGCGCACGAAAAGUUUAUAAAUAUUUUAAGCACUUAUAACUUGUCACAGGAGAUUUACUGAAAUAUUGUAAUGCAGCUCUGAACCUUUUCUGUUUCAAGGGAGCAGAAUGUUUUAAGGAAGGAAAAGAUGUUAGACUGACAUAUGAGCCCAUUUGAACACACAACUGAAAUUAUUUAAAUUUGAGGGCAUGAUCAAGCCCCAGCAUGUGGCAUGCAUGCACACACAUCUGCACAUGAAGGAUGGCUUGGGAUCAAGACUCCCAGCAUGUAGUACAACACAAAUUACACUGGUUACCAGUUUGUUUUGAAGUGGUGCAGUUAACCUUUAAAACCCCAAGCAGCCUAGAACCUUAUUUUCUCAGGGAAUGUCCAUGCAUAUAUGAACCAACCAGAAUCCUGAGAUCAGCAUUAAGGGCCCUGAAUUCUGUCCCACCCUUAGUAAAUAUUUUAACACAGUUGUAGGAUGUUUUCUACCCAGUUUCCAUUAGCAACCUAGCCACUGCUGUCUUGAACAGUUGGUAUUCACACUGUGUGAAGACAGUCUUACAAAUCACACACUAUGGUAGUUCAACCUAGAGGUUACCAUUUAUCAGGUGGCCCCAAACAGCUUAGAGGAAACUCUACAAGGAGUUUCUGUAUUUCAAAAAGCAGAUUCAUUGUAGCUGUAUUUGCUGUUGACAGAACAUUUAUAACUGCCCAAUUGCUAAAAUAAUGGAAAUGUUUUAUUACCAAGAUGGGACCAAAUCUUAACAUUUAAUUCACAUGCUGAACAACAUUGCCAGUCUAAAGAUUCUCCUACAAACAUGGAAUCUUUAUUUGCCUGCCUUUUUAGGGCAUUGAGCUAGCUUCAUUUAGAUACAUAUUUUUGCCUUGUUUUACAGGUGCUUCUGUAUGACCCACUUUUUGACUGGACCAUGAAUCCCUUGAAAGCUUUGUAUUUGCAGCAAAGGCCAGAGGAUGAGACAGACAUCAACUCAAGUCUCAAUGGUGCUGAUCAGGGAUGUAACAAAAAAUCAAAGUAAGAAAUCACUACCGGGGAUGGGGGUUGUGACUAACAUGAACAUCUGCGAGGCUCUGCAAUUUAUAUUUUCUUACUUUUUUUAAUUCUCAACAGUGAUAACCAGACGUUUAAUAAAGUGGCAGAGCGUGUUCUGAUGCGACUUCAGGAGAAGCUUAAAGGUGUGGAAGAGGGGACAGUGCUCAGUGUAGGAGGUCAGGUGAACCUUCUCAUACAGCAAGCCAGGGACCCAAAGAAUCUCAGCCGCCUCUUUCCAGGGUGGAAAGCCUGGGUGUGA